AUGUGGACUAAUGUUAAUUUGAUUCCUCACCCAGCUGAUGAAAGCGCCCCUACAGAGCAGCCAGUCCUCUCAGAGGUGGAGUCAGAGGCCCCUUCCGCUGCAGAAGACGUGUCGGACACUGCUGCUGCCACUUCCAACACACCUGUGUAAGUCCAUUUUUAGAUGUGCUGGAAAAAAUAGAUUUAGUUUCUUCAGCAUUUCAAAUGACAUUGGCACAUUCCAAUACCAAUACCAGUCACACACCCAGAUGACAUUCUCUACAAAAUAUUGAUUUUUAGAGCAAACUCCCAUUGUUCUGCCAAGAGUUGAUGAAUAUCGUCAGAUCAUGAGGGCUGUAGUGCACUGCCCAGCAUUACAUGGGAGAUGUGAAGUCUGAGGUGUACUUCCAAAUAAGCUUAGCUGGGUUUAUAUUGUUGAUAUUGGAGAAGUAUAAUAUGGAAUGUAAUAGUAUUGAAGUUUGAGGUGAGUGCAAUAGUCAUUUUGCUUCUUGUUGACCUGCACAUUAUACCUUUUUUGGAUCCACUUAUCUGUAUGUUAUCUGUCUAACACUGUCUGUCUGUCUGCACAGGGAGAACAGGGUGAGGGCCUGUGCUCUCUGUAACUGCGUGGAGCGCAGCCUGCAUGGACAACGGGAACUCCGACAUUUUGGGCCAUCUUCCUCCCGGCCAGCCCUAGAGCCCUCAGCUUCCUCACUGCCAGGGCCUGGGAACGAUGACCUGUCUUCCAUCGGAUUCUCAGACUCCGACGCAUCCUGUCUGGCAGCACAGUUGGAGGACACAGGUGGGACUCCACACUCAUCUCAUCACAUUUCUAUUUUGUUUUACUGAAACUGUUUUCUUGGCCAGGUCUUCCUUGAGAAAGAGUUAUUUUGACCUCAGUGGGAUUAGGGAAAAAAAGGAUUAAAAAAAAAAAAAAGGGGGGGGGGGGGGGGGGGUUUACUAAUAUUUUACCCACUGGGGAGCUUGUACACACAGUGCAGUUUACAUAGUAAGUCUAUCCCCAAACCCAUAUUAUAAAGCAUUUUACAGAAAUUCCAAUAAUUGAUCAGAAGCCAGAGACCAUACAGGUGUAGUAUCUGAAUCUUAGUGUGUGGUUGUAAUGUGUUGAGCAGGGGGUUGCUGGGUGCAUCACUGGUGUGCGGUGUGGUCAGAUGGGGUGAAGCAGUUGGAGGAGGCUGAGGAGGAGCUGGAGAAUGUGGACAAGGCCGUCAUCUCAGGGACACAGCGGGUAAGUUGACCACUCAUAGAUUAAAAAAAUGACAUGUUUUUAUAGAUCCCAGGACUCUCUAUAUAUAACGUUAACAAUUGUUGCUGAUUGGAGUUAAAGAAGAACUCAACUGAACACUUCUGAUACAAAGAUGUGCAGGGUUCUGGACAGUUCUGGGUUCAGCUCAGUGAAUGUACCUGCCAUUAAACCUGCAGGCACCUUCAAUAAUGGUUUUCAGAAAUUCUUAGAAAAGGAAAAACCUGCACGCUCUCAAUAGUAUUAAGAAGUACAAUUCAUUUGAAUGGUGUGGUUCUAUAUUCUCUCCUGUAACAUUUCUUUGUUGUAGUAAAAAUGAUUCCCUCUAGUGUCUCGCCCAUAACCUUGUCUCUGAACCGUCUUUUUAGCUGUGUGAAUAUUGCAAGCGUCUGGGUGCUACCAUCCGGUGCCAUGCUGAGGGCUGCUCACGGUUCUACCACUUCCCCUGCUCUGCUGCCAGCGGCUCCUUUCAGUCCAUGAAGCAGCUAGCUCUCCUCUGUCCGGAGCACAUAGACAAGGCUGAGGAGAUGGGUAAGGACACCUUCCAAUGUUGAGUUCAAAGCCCCAACUCGAUCAUUAGGUUAUGCUCUGUAACUGUGAGGUACAGUAUGUGUGUGUGUGUGUGUGAUUUUGGUCACGUGAUCGUUUGGUUCGCUAACUAAGGUUUGUCUGUCCUCCAGCGGGUGAGGAGGCUCAGUGCGCAGUCUGUGACUCUGCGGGGGAGCUGCUGGACCUUCUGUUUUGUACGGGCUGUGGGCAGCACUACCACGCCGCCUGUCUGGAGAUCAGCGCCACGCCCAUACAGAGAUCAGGGUGGCAGUGCCCAGAGUGUAAAGUGUGCCAGACAUGCAGGUGAAUGUCUCUUUGCUGCCCAAUCUCACAUUUGUUUACAUUUUUGGGGUAAUCCAUUUUUUAAAUGGGAAAAUCACUAUUUUUACAUAUAAAAUAAAAAUGUUGUUUACUGGAUUGAUGUGCCCUUUGGGAAACUGCGAAAUGCUGUUCCUAAAUGCUUCCGACCACCUACCACAUGCUCCCAAUUAGUAGGAGCAAGGGUUUCCCUGAUCAUGUGACUUUUCCAGUAAAACACUCUAAGAUGUUGUCAUUGUCUAUUGCGUCUUAGAAACAAGGCAUACAGCUGUUAUUGAAUAAAAUCCUAUUUUCUAUAAUUUUCCAGGCAACCAGGGGAGGACUCGAUGAUGUUAGUAUGUGAUGCCUGUGAUAAGGGCUACCACACCUUCUGUCUCCAGCCAGCCAUGGACUCUCUUCCCUCAGACACAUGGAAGUGCAGAGUAAGAACAUGCUGAACAUGUGCUGAUAUUGCUACUCCUGCCAUAGUAUCCUCUGUUAGGAAAGGAAGAUAAUGCUGCCCUAUAAUUGAAGUCCUUAGCCAUAUGUUGACAAUGAACAUAUCUUACUGUAAAUGGUUAAAGUUAUUUAUCUGUUUCUUUGGAGGCUUUUAUGAUAGUUCUGUAAAUUUAAAGUAUGGAUAUGCGAGAAAAUAACCUUUUCUAUGUGAACAUUUCUGAAAAUAAUCACUUUGUGUGUGUUCCCUGUGUGAAUAGCCUCUUUUAAUUUCACCUAUGUAUCCCCCCCAUCUCAGAGAUGUCGGGUGUGUACGGACUGUGGUGCUAAUGGUCUGACGCUGCCCGGCUCGGCCCAGUGGUUUGACAACUAUGCCGUGUGUGAGGGCUGCCAACGUACCCGCAGCUCUACGUGUGGCGUCUGCAGCAAAGCCUCGGAACCACCAGUCACGCUGCCGCGCUGUAGCACCUGCAACAGGUAUGUCUACUGCCUCAGACGGAAUCAAUAAGUAAAUAUAUGAAUCAAAAUGUUUUGUAACAACUUGAUGAAAAAGGCGUUCUAAAGUAUUUUACAAUAACCCGGCCUAGACCCUAGCCUAAAGAACAGCAGCAGGCAUUGAUAACGACUAUGUAGAAUUUUUUCCUCCUUCGUUCAUUCGUUCUUGACCAUUCCUCUGUCAUCUCACUAGGUGGGUGCACAGUGAGUGCUCCUCUACGUCGGAGCCACCUGAGGAAAAGUGGAUCUGUUCGCUCUGCCGAGACAGAGAGCCUCCGCCAGACCCUGUCACACAGACAGAAGGACAGACGGACACGAUGGAGCUGCAGACCACAGAGACGGGGUCUGAGGUGACGAUAGAAGGACAGACAGACACAGUUGCCGAGAUGCCAAUCCAGACAGACUCGGCGGCUGAUGUUACGAUAGAAAGACAGACGGCCGUGUCCGAGAUGACCGUGGGACAGACGGACAUGUCUGAGGAGGUGACGAUGGAACAGGCGGAGACCAAGACGGACGAGGAGGUGCCCAUGGAGCUGGGUACGUUGAUUUAGCACUUUUUUGUUAUACUUGAUAAAAGGGUCUACAGACCUUGAUAAAAGGGAAGAGUUAACAGUUAGCUCCAUCUCUGAAAGAGCAACACGACAAACUCUACCCACGUUUUUCUUAUCUAAGCCAUCCUCGCUCUAAAGGAAUUUAUGUGAUGCGCGAUAGAAUGGUAGUACACAAUCAGAGUGUAUGAUGGUAGUGGUGUGAUGAAGCUGACUUUGUCUUCUCAACAGGGACGGAGGCUGAAGUGGUAGAAAGGACAGAGAGCACCAUGGAGGAGGGGCCUCAGCUGGAAACGGAGGAAGUCCCUGCAGAACAGCCCAUGGUCCAGGCUGAGGUUACAGAAGCAUGUGAAACAACAGAACAACAGGAGGCUUCUAGUUUACCUGUGGCUGUUGUGGAAGAGAGAACAGAGGAGGCUUCCAACCAGAUGCCCCAACCCCAGGUCAGCAUUGUCCCUGUCCUUGAGUCACCGGAGUCACCAGAACAGCAACCACCACAGUCGCCAGAGCCAGCACCAGUAGUCCAGCUAGGCCCUGACCACAGAAAGGAGAGGGAGGUGGAGGUCAAGCCCUCAACAGAGCAGCAGUCAACACAGGAGAAGGAGGAGAAGAUAAGCGGUGAGGGCAUGUCUACCACCAAGCCAUUCAUUCGGGACUCGCCAGAGUCACCAACCCCUCCCAUCUCCAUGCAAGAGUCAGAGUAUGUUUCCAUGGACACAGUUGAGGCGGGGCUAAAGGAGGAGCGCUCAGGGUCUCCCAUUCCUCCUGCUCCACAGGCCAACACACAGGAGGCUGCUCCUUCUACUGUGGACAUGGAGGACAGGGGGACUCACUCUGAGGAGGAGGAGGAGUUUGUAGAAGAAGAGGAGGAACAGCAGGGGAAGGAGGCAGGCGGAGAAGGUCAUCAUAGUCAUCACAGAAGGGUCAAGAUCAAGCAGGAGCCCCAGGACCCCACGGAGGAGCAGGAGGAGACGAAGCCUGAUCAACUCCUCCUGGAUGAGAUGUCCAACCAGAGUCACCAGAGUCACGGCGACGAGAGCAGCUCUGGCUUCCUGGGCUCCCCGGCCGAGAACGAAGCUGAGGCAGAGCCUGACGCACAGGUAAUAGGGGCAGACACCAUUGAGGUCUAUAAAUCACGUUUAAAAACCUCACCUUUUUAGCUUGGCCUUUAAAAGGGAAAUCUGCAGUUCAAACAAUAACAAAGCGACACCCUGCCACUGUUUUGGUAAAAAGAGGGGUUGGAGAAAUUUAACCUCCCUCCAAUUCAUGGACAGAGCUAUGGAUACUAGGACUGACCAUCCAGUCAAAAAUGGAUGUAGCAACCGCAGAGUGCCCCUUUAAUCAGUAAUUGUAUUAUUUUAAACGUUCAUUGAGUUUUAUGUUGCUAUAUUCAUCCCUUUUACUGCUUCUCGUUUGCUUUUACUUUCAUUUUAUUGUUUUACUGUGAAGUGUGUUGCGAUUUUAAAUGCACUUUGAAUAAAGUUGGAUUUUGAUUUGACAGCUGUCCAUGGAGCUUAGCCUGAUGCCCACCGGACGCUCCCGUUCCGACUCCCUGCUCACUGAGACGGACGACUCGCUGCCCUUUGACCCCCUCAAACCAGACGGGGAGAAGAAGAGGAGAGGCUCGCCGGGGCGCUCCCGGGUCAAACAGGUACGGUCCAGUAACAAUUCAGUGUCAUAGACAAUCGACACUCAUUCAAAAGUCUAAACUCUGUCAUAGGGCUUUUGUUGUUAUGAUAGGCCCAUUUCUCAAUGAUAUUGAGGUUCCAAAACUGUCUCUGCAAAAUAUGUUCUGUGUUAUGUGUUGGGCAAUGGCUAGAUGCAGUAGUCUUAUUCUUAUUCAUCAGUUCUAAAAACGGUCAGUUAUCGUAUGUGAUGAGGUACUGACACGGCUGGUGUUGGUCUUUUCAGGGGCGGGGCAGCAGCAGUUUCCCGGGGAAGCGGCGCCCUCGCGGUGGUGGCGGUGGGAGGGGCCGUGGCGGAAGGAACCGCCUCAAAGCCAUGGCCUCCUGCAUCGACGCCUUCCUGGUGAGUAAAACCGACCGACGACACAGAAACAUUCAUACAUUCAAACACCAUUAAUUCACUAACUCACUCACUUACUCGAUUUUGUCAUCAAAUGUCGACAUUGAACCUUACAAUAGAUACAAACCACAGCAGCGAUUUGUCACGGAAAUCUAGAAUAUUUGGAACUUGAUCUCUGUCUAAAGUUCAUUCAAUACAGACCACUUGAUUGGAACUUGGAACUUGAUAUCAGAAUGUGUAAUAUUCCUUAUCCCAGCUGAGCAUGACAGCAGCAGACACUGGACUGUGUAAAGAGGAGGAGGAGGGGGAGGAAGAUGAGGCUAUGCAGAACACAGUGGUGCUCUUCUCCAACACAGAUAAAUUUGUCCUGCUUCAGGUAAUUCUGGUCUCAUGCGUUUCGGUUUGACAUUUUCCAGUUCCCCUGUGGCAUUUUCCAUGUCAGACAAUCUUAGACAUUAAUGCAUCUUCACUGUAACCCAAGCUGACUGGGUUUUUCCUUCUGUCUUUCUCCCUCCCUCUCUCUCUCUCUCUUUCACCCCCCCCCUCCCCCUUUCUCUCUCUUAGGACAUGUGUGUGGUGUGUGGCAGUUUUGGGAAGGGUGUGGAGGGGCAGCUGCUGGCGUGUGCUCAGUGUGCCCAAUGUUACCAUCCAUACUGUGUAAACAGCAAAGUAAGCAUAAACCUCUUUAUUCUUUAUAACAUCAUCUUUAUACAGCUAGUCUUCCUAAUAAUAAUAAUAAUAAUAAUAAUAAAAAAUAGCGCGCUUUUCGCAUACUCAAAGAUGCUUUGCAAUAGGCCACUAUAAAGAAAUAAAAAAACAAGGGUUCAAGAGUUACAACAACACACAUACCUCUGGCUUCAUCUUGAUGCCAUUUUCAGAAAUCAAAAACUCUUUUUGAAUCUAUUUUUUUACACUGUUUUCCCCUUCUCCUCGCUCUUGCAGAUGACUAAGAUGAUGCUGCGUAAGGGCUGGCGUUGUCUGGAAUGUAUCGUGUGUGAGGUGUGUGGCAAGGCCUCGGACCCGGCCCGCCUGCUACUGUGUGACGACUGUGAUGUCAGCUACCACACCUACUGCCUGGACCCGCCCCUACACACUGUACCCAAGGGGGGGUGGAAAUGCAAAUGGUAAGCAUUAAUCACAACUCUCUUUCUCUCGCUUAAAAAAUACCCAUGAAGAAACAACAACAGCAACUCUUUCACCACGAUAGCCCGUUCAGUCAUGUUGUUGGGUCUGAAUAAGGUUAAAAUGUAAAUGAACUUGUACCAGAAUAUGCAUAGUAUGCACACAAAAAAGGUCCUGCAGCCUAACUUUAAAAGCUCAGAUGUCUUAUCUUUACUUUCUGUUUCUCGGUUACAUCUGAACUUUUUUGUGAUCAAUUUUCACAAACUGUACCAGCAACAAGAAUUACACCACCAUUUUGAAAAUGUAUCUGUCUGAUAGUGUACUUGAACCUGAUUGCUCAUUGUCCCUGUUGUCUGUUACUUGUGUAGGUGUGUGAGCUGUAUGCAGUGUGGUGCCAGCAGCCCGGGGUUCCACUGUGAGUGGCAGAACAACUACACCCACUGUGGCCCCUGUGCCAGCCUGGUCACCUGCCCUGUCUGCAGGGAGAACUUCAUGGAGGAGGAGUUGCUGCUGCAGUGUCAACACUGUGACAGGUGGGUACCACUCAUUACAACUACACAAACAUACGUACAGAUAUCUGAAAGGUUGUUGAAAUAGAUAUAUAUAUAUAUAUAUACAGUGAGGGAAAAAAGUAUUUGAUCCCCUGCUGAUUGUGUACGUUUGCCCACUGCCAAAGAAAUGAUCAGUCUAUAAUUUUAAUGGUAGGUUUAUUUGAACAGUGAGAGACAGAAUAAUCACACAAAAAUCCAGAAAAACGCAUGUCAAAAAUGUUAUAAAUUGAUUUGCAUUUUAAUGAGGGAAAUAAGUAUUUGACCCCCUCUCAAUCAGAAAGAUUUCUGGCUCCCAGGUGUCUUUUUAUAUAGGUAACGAGCUGAGAUUAGGAGCACACUCUUAAAGGGAGUGCUCCUAAUCUCAGUUUGUUACCUGUAUAAAAGACACCUGUCCACAGAAGCAAUCAAUCAAUCAGAUUCCAAACUCUCCACCAUGGCCAAGACCAAAGAGCUCUCCAAGGAUGUCAGGGACAAGAUUGUAGACCUACACAAGGCUGGAAUGGGCUACAAGACCAUCGCCAAGCAGCUUGGUGAGAAGGUGACAACAGUUGGUGCGAUUAUUCGCAAAUGGAAGUAACACAAAAGAACUGUCAAUCUCCCUCGGCCUGGGGCUCCAUGCAAGAUCUCACCUCAUGGAGUUGCAAUGAUCAUGAGAACGGUGAGGAAUCUGCCCAGAACUACACGGGAGGAUCUUGUCAAUGAUCUCAAGGCAGCUGGGACCAUAGUCACCAAGAAAACAAUUGGUAACACACUACGCCGUGAAGGACUGAAAUCCUGCAGCACCCACAAGGUCCCCCUGCUCAAGAAAGCACAUAUACAUGCCCGUCUGAAGUUUGCCAAUGAACAUCUGAAUGAUUCAGAGGAGAACUGGGUGAAAGUGUUGUGGUCAGAUGAGACCAAAAUCGAACUCUUUGGCAUCAACUCAACUCGCCGUGUUUGGAGGAGGAGGAAUGCUGCCUAUGACCCCAAGAACACCAUCCCCACCGUCAAACAUGGAGGUGGAAAUAUUAUGAUUUGGGGGUGUUUUUCUGCUAAGGGGACAGGACAACUUCACCGCAUCAAAGGGACAAUGGACGGGGCCAUGUACCGUCAAAUCUUGGGUGAGAACCUCGUUCCCUCAGCCCGGGCAUUGGAAAUGGGUUGUGGAUGGGUAUUCCAGCAUGACAAUGACCUAAAACACACGGCCAAGGCAACAAAGGAGUGGCUCAAAAAUAAGCACAUUAAGGUCCUGGAGUGGCCUAGCCAGUCUCCAGAUCUUAAUCCCAUAGAAAAUCUGUGGAGGGAGCUGAAGGUUCGAGUUGCCAAACGUCAGCCUCGAAACCUUAAUGACUUGGAGAAGAUCUGCAAAGAGGAGUGGGACAAAAUCCCUCCUGAGAUGUGUGCAAACCUGGUGGCCAACUACAAGAAACGUCUGACCUCUGUGAUUGCCAACAAGUACUAAGUCAUGUUUUGCAGAGGGGUCAAAUACUUAUUUCCCUCAUUAAAAUGCAAAUCAAUUUAUAUUAUUUUUUACAUGUGUUUUUCUGGAUUUCUUUGUUAUUCUGUCUCUCACUGUUCAAAUAAACCUACCAUUAAAAUUAUAGACUGAUCAUUUCUUUGUCAGUGGGUAAAUGUACAAAAUCAGCAGGGGAUCAAAUACUUUUUUCCCUCACUGUAUAUAUACACACUACCGUUCAGAAGUUUGGGGUCACUUAGAAAUUCCCUUAUUUUUGAAAGAAAAGCAAUUUUUUUGUCCAUUUAAAAUAACAUAAAAUUGAUCAGAAAUACAGUGUAGACAUUGUUAAUGUUGUAAAUGGCUAUUGUAGCUGGAAACAGCUUUUUAUUUUAUUUUAUUUUUUAUGGAAUAUCUACAUAGGCGUACAGAGGCCCAUUAUCAGCAACCAUCAGUCCUGUGUUCCAAUCACAUUGUGUUUGCUAAUCCAAGUUUAUCAUUUAAAAGGCUAAUUAAUAAUUAGAGAACCAUUUUGCAAUUAUGUUAGCACAGCUGAAAACUGUUGUGCUGAUUAAAGAAGCAAUAAAACUGGCCUUCUUGAGACUAGUUGAGUAUCUGGAGAAUCAGCAAUUGUGGGUUCGAUUACAGGCUCAAAAUGGCCAGAAACAAAGAACAUUUCUUCUGAAACUCGUCAGUCUAUUCUUUUUCUGAGAAAUUAAGGCUAUUCUAUGCGAGAAAUUGCCAAGAAACUGAAGAUCUCGUACAACACUGUGUACUACUCCCUUCACAGAACAGGGCAAACUGGCUCUAACCAGAAUAGAAAGAGGAGUGGGAGGCUCCGGUGCACAACUGAGCAAGAGGACAAAUACAUUAGAGUGUCUAGUUUGAGAAACAAGACUGCCCAUCUUAAUCUUUUCUUUUUAUUGGCCAGUCUGAGAUAUGGCUUUUUCUUUGCAACUCUGCCUAGAAGGUCAGUAUCCCGGAGUCGCCUCUUCACUGUUGACGUUGAGACUGGUGUUAUGUGGGUACUAUUUAAUGAAGCUGCCAGUUAAGGACCUGUGAGGCGUCUGUUUCUCAAACUAGACUCUAAUGUAUUUGUCCUCUUGCUCAGUUGUGCACCGGAGCCUCCCACUCCUCUUUCUAUUCUGGUUAGAGCCAGUUUGCCCUGUUCUGUGAAGGGAGUAGUACACAGUGUUGUACGAGAUCUUCAGUUUCUUGGCAAUUUCUCGCAUAGAAUAGCCUUAAUUUCUCAGAAAAAGAAUAGACUGACGAGUUUCAGAAGAAAUGUUCUUUGUUUCUGGCCAUUUUGAGCCUGUAAUCGAACCCACAAUUGCUGAUUCUCCAGAUACUCAACUAGUCUCAAGAAGGCCAGUUUUAUUGCUUCUUUAAUCAGCACAACAGUUUUCAGCUGUGCUAACAUAAUUGCAAAAGGGUUUUCUAAUGAUCAAUUAGCCUUUUAAAUGAUAAACUUGGAUUAGCAAACACAAUGUGAUUGGAACACAGGACUGAUGGUUGCUGAUAAUGGGCCUAUGUAGAUAUUCCAUUUUAAAAAAUCAGCCGUUUCCAGCUACAAUAGCCAUUUACAACAUUAACAAUGUCUACACUGUAUUUCUGAUCAUUUUAAUGGACAAAAAAAUGGCUUUUCUUUCAAAAACAAGGGAAUUUCUAAGUGACCCCAAACUUUUGAAUGGUAGUGUGUAUAUAUAUAUUUAGUUAGUUAGUGUUGGCACUUUAGCCUUAUAUAUAUAUAUAUAUAUAUAUAUAUAUAUAUAUAUAUAUAUAUAUAUAUAUAUAUAUAUAUAUAUAUAUAUAUAUAUAUACACAUUUAAAUUAGGCUAAAGAGAAGAGGACCCAAGACAGAUCCUUUAGGGACCCCCAUUCUACUUUUUUGGCUGUACCAUGUUAAAGCUUUAUCCAGAAAGAGAGGUAUAUCUUUCAUUAUGUGUUUCUCUCCAUGUAGAUGGGUGCACGCGGUGUGUGAGAGUCUGUACACUGAGGACGAGGUGGAGCAAGCUUCUGAUGAGGGCUUUGCCUGCACCUCCUGCACUCCCUACGUUCCCAAACCCAUAGGUAAGUCUAUCAACUUAAAACUAGUCCAUUUGAUUAGAAACAAGUGGAAACGGUGACAACAUGAAAUGUCUUCUGUAAUUAUCACACUUCCCCUCGGAUUGUCUGCAGUAACAGUGGAUACAACCUACAUGACAGCCAUGAAGAUAAAAGAACCAGGUUGGUUUUCUCUCUCUUUCACUGUUUAUUUGUAAUGACACAUUACGUUUUUUCACCUCCAAGGUGCUUUAGUCGACCCCUUGUAGUUUUAACAAUUGGCACAUUUUAUUUGUAUGUAUCCAAGUAAUUAUUGUUUGCAAUGACAGCCUAGCAAAGCACAUCCAUUCUGUGUGUAGCAGAAAGAGCACUCACUCAUCACCUUUCUCCUCCCUUAACCUCUGUCAUUGUCUGAAUCAGCACAUUGUUUGUGUAGUUUUAUCAGUCAUCAACCCUCUCUCCUCCCUGUCCCACCCAGAGCCCCAGUUCUACCGCUUGGAGGGGGUGUGGCUGACCGAGACGGGCAUGUCCCUGCUGCGUAGCAUUUCUAUGUCUCCCCUACACAAGAGACGGCAGCGGCGCUCCCGCCUGGACAUGCUGUGUGGCGACGGAGGGCAUGACGGCAUUGAGCUAAGAGAGGGCGAGGGAGAUGGGGACGAGGGAAAAGGUGGGUGGACUUUCUACUGUUUUGUUUCUCAAAGUGACAAGGGAUUUCUAUAGGAGGAGGAUGAAGUUGCUCCAUGCCUUGACACUGAUCGAAGGACAGAUUUGCCUUCAUCCCCUAAUGGGGUUCAGAUUUGGGGUUGCAAACUGAUCCUAAAUGUGUGCUUUGAACACCUUCUAUCCAGAGCUUUUUUUAUAUGCUUUGAAAGGUCAUCUUGGACCUUCUUGAUUGAUGACAUUUAAUGUUCUUCAAGAGGUGAUUCCUUACCUCAUGCAUGUAUUUGUGCACCCACUUUGGUCUGUCGCUUCCUCUGUAUUGACCAUGAAUCUCUGUUGUUCCAGGCUGUGGGGAGCCCAUGGAAUGUGAGACUGGAGCCCCUGGUGUAAAACAGGAGCCUCCAGGGAGCCCAGACAGAGAGCUGGGAGCAGAGGGAGGUGGUGAGGGCAUGGAGGAGGGCCUCCUCAAAGGAGGAGGAGAGGAGACUGACGAGGGCAAGAAGAGGAAGAGGAAACCCUACAGACCAGGUCAGAGGGCACUCUAUCUAGACAUAUUGGUUAAAAUAAUAUUUGUUUUCUUUGCAAUGCUUUAGCCUCGCUUGAUUGAGCUUGCCUGGUGCAAUGGAACUAAUAGAAUAGUCCUGAAAGUGCAGGUCUGGCACUCCAGACAGACUCGAUCAAACACUCAAAGUAUUUGAAAGAAAACAGAUACUAUUAGAACCCAGGUUUGCUCAACAGACCCCUGUAAUGAGAGCAUAUCAUUUGUCACUGCUCUAUGACGGUCACAUUUCAAAUAAACGUUUUGAAACUGACUUCUUUAUAUCUCCUGCAGGGAUCGGUGGCUUCAUGGUUCGCCAGAGGAAGUGUCACACGCGGAUGAAGAAAGGUCUGUUCCCCCAUCUGUCUCAUCUGGCUGGAGACGGGACAAUUACUACAGAUAGACAGACCAGAGAGAAGCCAGCCCUAGAGGAAGGCAAGUUACAGUUACAAGUUACAGCAGCCACCUGCUACCAUUGUACUGGUCAAACACUGAAAUAUUCUGAUCUGUUGGAGAGAGGUCAAAUUCUUAGACAUUUUGUAAAAAAAUAUGAUAAACCUUUGAGGACCACUAUGGAAAUAGGUUGUUAUUAUUCAUGUGCUUUCAUGUCUCAUCCUCCGGGAUUCAAAUAUACAUUGUUUCGAUGUACGAUUUAUUUACAACCCAAAACAACAUUUUAAUAUAAUUAAAUUCCUGCUUUCAAAAUUGAGAUUCUGAACAUCUGAAAUGACACGUGUUGUUUGUUGACAGGGCCCCACCCAGACACGCCUAUAGAUGGCCCCCCGGAGACUAAGCCAGCUGAGGGAGAGGGGGAGCAGGCCAAGAAACGACGAGGCAGGAAGAAGAGCAAACUGGAGGACAUGUUCCCAGCUUACCUGCAGGUACAUUCUCUCACAUCACCUCUCACCAUGUGCUAUUCUAAAGACUUCAGUUAGUAACCUAAAGGAACCAGUUUCCCAGACAAAUGAAUCCUAGUGGAAUACAAAGCAUGCUCAAUUGAGAUUCUCCGUUGAAAUUACUUCUUAGUCCAAGGCUAGACUUAAUCUGUGUCUGGGGAAACUAGCCCAUAGUGUCUAGAGACCAACUCCAUAUAGGACUAGCUAACACCAUAAUUAUCUCUCCCUCUCUCUGUAGGAGGCGUUCUUUGGUAAACAACUGAUGGACCUGAGUAAGAAGGCGCUCCUGGUUCCCCCAGGACAGAGGCAUCAUGGUGCCAUGGGUCUCCUCCGACCUCCACUGCCCCAUGCACCAGGGGCCAGACCCACCGCACCUGAUGCAAUGGAGGCCAGGGAGCAAGCAAUGGGGGCUGGGAUGCACCUGAAGCAGGAGGGGGGUGAAGGAUCCCAGGUUCAGGGAGAGGGAGCAGGGUCGUCUUCAUCUGUCAAAGAACAGGGUUCAACGGACCCUCAAGGCUCCGACACGGAGAAGAAUGAAGGUAAGAGAUCACAGUGAUGCUGAAAUGUUGCUGAUUUAAUAAAAGGCAUACUUCACAAGCGUAGUAUGCAGGAGCUUAAUUUCUUUUGGUGAGAGGUCUGUGUGCUAGAAACUUGCAAGAGUUUUGUUUUGGCAUACAGUGCCUUGCAAAAGUAUUCAUCCCCCUUAGCGUUUUUCCUAUUUUGUUGCAUUACAACCUGUAAUUUAAAUAGAUUUUUAUUUGGAUUUCAUGUAAUGGACAUACACAAAAUAGUCCAAAUUGGUGAAGUGAAAUGAAAAAAAUAACGUGUUAAAAAAUAAAAUAAAUAAAAAAAUAACGGAAAAGUGGUGCAUGCAUAUGUAUUCACCCCCUUUGCUAUGAAGCCCCUAAAUAAGAUCUGGUGCAACCAAUUACCUUCAGAAGUCACAUAAUUAUUUAAAUAAAGUCCACCUGUGUGCAAUCUAAGUGUCACAUGAUCUGUCACAUGAUCUCAGUAUAUAUACACCCCAGAGUCUGCAACACCACUAAGCAAGGGGCACCACCAAGCAAGCGGCACCAUGAAGACCAAGGAGCUCUCCAAAACAGGUCAGGGACAAAGUUGUGGAGAAGUACAGAUCAGGGUUGGGUUAUAAAAAAAAUAUCCGAAACGUUGAACAUCCCACGGAGCACCAUUAAAUCCAUUAUUCAAAAAUGGAAAGAAUAUGGCCCCACAACAAACCUGCCAAGAGAGGGUCGCCCACCAAAACUCACGGACCAGGCAAGGAGGACAUUAAUCAGAGAGGCAACAAAGAGACCAAAGAUAACCCUGAAGGAGUGUCUGUCCAUAGGACCACUAAGCCAUACACUCCACGGAGCUGGUCUUUACAGAAGAGUGGCCAGAAAAAAGCCAUUGCUUAAAGAACAAAAUAAGCAAACACAUUUGGUGUUCGCCAAAAGGCAUGUGGGAGACUCCCCAAACAUAUGGAAGAAGGUACUCUGGUCAGAUGAGACUAAAAUUGAGCUUUUUGGCCAUCAAGGAAAACGCUAUGUCUGGCGCAAACCCAACACCUCUCAUCACCCCGAGAACACCAUCCCCAAGGGAAAUUCUUGAGGGAAACCUGUUUCAGUCUUCCAGAGAUUUAAGACUGGGACGGAGGUUCACCUUCCAGGACAAUGACCGUAAGCAUACUGCUAAAGCAAUACUCAAGUGGUUUAAGGGGAAACAUUUAAAUGUCUUGGAAUGGCCUAGUCAAAGCCCAGAUCUCAAUCCAAUUGAGAAUCUGUGUAUGACUUAAAGAUUGCUGUACACCAGCGGAACCCAUCCAACUUGAAGGAGCUGGAGCAGUUUUGCCUUGAAGAAUCCCAGUGGCUAGAUGUGCCAAGCUUAUAGAGACAUACUCCAAGAGACUUGCAGCUGUAAUUGCUGCAAAAGGUUGCUCUACAAAGUAUUGACUUUGUGGGGGUGAAUAUUUAUGCACUUUCAAGUUUUCUGUUUUUUGGUCUUAUUUCUUGUUUGUUUCACACAAAAAAAUAUUUUGCAUCUUCAAAGUGGUAAGCAUGUUGUGUAAAUCAAAUGAUACAAACCUAAAAAAAAUCCAUUUUAAUUCCAGGUUGUAAGGCAACAAAAUAGGAAAAAUGCCAAGGGGGGUGAAUACUUUCGCAAGCCACUGUAUGCUAUCAGUUUUGUCUUGAUGGACGCUUUUCCCCACUGUCUUACCUCCUGUUCUGUCUCUCUCCCAGGUCUUCCUCAGGGCAUGGAGAGUCAGGACUCUGAGCAGUUCUUCAGGAAGGUCCUGGGCUCGUCAGAGGGGGCUUCUCUAGGAGGGUCCCUACAGAGCAGCAUGAGGCCCAUCCUGGAGGGAGUCAAGGGGGAGAUGAACCGCAGCGGUCUGCCACAGAGGAACCUCCUCACAGGUACUGGUAUAGGCCUGGGGGCUGUUAGGGGGAACCUAUACCCUUUUCACACUAUCUUGCCUAGAGAGCUCACUUUUAUAGGAAGUAGAAAUGCGGAAAUGAGUGUGAUGUUGAACUUAGACAUCUCACUAAGAGAAAGGAGAAGAAAAUGUGAACAGUGUGAUGAUAUAUGGAGCAAUAGUUUGUUGUGUUGUUAUAAAGGACCCUUUAUGUUGUUCAGGAACCGUUAGGCUCAUGGUAAAGCAGGACAUGUCACUCAUACAAGCUGAUCCCUUUCAGGGUCCCUGCCCUCAGCUGGUGUGAUGGACUCCUUCCCUGGACUCUCUCAAUCGCCGUUCUUCGACAUGCGGGACCGGGGAGGCCUGUUCAGUCCAGACGGGGGAGAGGAGAGCCCAUGGGCGACCCCCUCCACCCCUGCCACCCCCUCCACUCCUCCUACCCCCGGCGAGGCAGAUGGAGACGGGCUGUCCUAUAACCAGCGCAGCCUCCAGCGCUGGGAGAAGGAUGAGGAGCUGGGAGAGAUGUCCACCAUCUCCCCUGUACUCUACGCAAACACAAACUUCCCCACUCUCAGACAGGACUACCCAGGUGAGUGGAUGGAGGGAGAUCUUAGUUUAAAAAAGACAAUGAAAAAGUGCACUGUUCUCAUUUUUAGGACGUUUGCUCCGGAUGAGAUGGUGCUUCCAAAGUUCUAAUGAAACAAACUUUUUUGUUAUCUCUGAAAAUGAACCAAAUGUCAAAUGUUUUGACUUCAGUUUACCGGAAUAUAAAUAAUGUAAGUUGUGAUCUUCUCUCUUCUCUUCUCUUUGACAGACUGGUCCAGUCGGUGUAAACAGAUCAUGAAGAUCUGGAGGAAGGUUUCAGCUGCAGACAAGGUUCCUUUUCUGCAAAAGGCCAAAGACAACAGAGCAGCUCAGCGGAUCAACAAGGCACAGAAGGUGGGAGUUUAGGCCAGAUAAUUGAUUCAUAGGGCCAGCUUCCUUGAUCCAGAUCAAGCCCACUCCUAAACUAAAAAAUGUUUAGAAUUUCCAAUGACAAUGCUUUUAAUGCACUUCGAGACUUAAUCUGGGUCUAAGAAACCAGCCCAAAGCAUACAGUUGUCACUGUAAGGAUGUCUAAAUACAGUCUCUUUGCUUCUCUCUAACUGUCUCUUCUCUUAUACAGCAGGCAGAGAGCCAGGUGUGUCGGCCCAUCAAGACGGAGGAUGGUGGUGGUGUUGUUCGGGUCAAAGGUGAACGUCCAAGCCUGCACCUCCAGAUCCCCCCGCCCUCAGGUUCUGUCUCCAACCCCUCUCAGCCCAGCUCAGCAGAGAGCCCCUUCCCCUUCCACCCCGACUCGGGAUCCUCUUCCGUCUUCUUCCCCGACGGUCCUCUCAAGACCCCGGGCUCGGCAUCGGCAGAUAUGCGGACAGAUCCCUUUGCCAAGCUGCCUCCCCAGUCCCCCCACCACUCUCACCACUCUCACCCCACCACCCCGUACUCCUCCCACCAGGCCGCCUCCAGCCCUAUGCAGGGCCAGGCCUCUUCCUCAGGUUACCCCCACCCCGGCCCACAGGGCCCUCUUCAGGGACGGCCGGCAAGCCUCGGCCCCUUCGACAUGCAACCAGGGACUCCAGGGACUCCCCGGCGGGCCCAGCAGGUGGACCCCUUUUUCAGGCCGCAGCAACAGAUCCAGGGUCACCUACCCCAGUCACAGCAGGGCUCUCAGGAGCACCUAGGCCCCCCAGAAAGCCCUCGGUCCAGGGGUGGAGGGCCUGGGGACUCCCCUCUCUUCUCGCCGCCCCACACCACCCACUAUGGAGACCCAUUCCGAGGCCAGCAGCAGGGGAUGGGGCGUCCAGAAUACGGUUCCUCCCCCUCCCAGGUGUCCUCACCUGUUCGGAUGGGACAGGGGCAGUACAGGGCUGAUAUGAGUGGGGGACCCUCUCCCCGCUCCUCCUCCACGGGACGCCAGGACCUGAGUAACACGGGCUCCCCAGCAGGGAUGCUGGACUCUGGGGAUGGCUUGUUCAAGGCUCCCAUGACGCCCCGGAUGCACCAAGGGGAUGGCGGCAUGGUAAUCCACCCUGGAGCCUCACCCAACCACCCCUCUGAGGUCUACCGCCAGUCCCCCUCUACCCCGUUCCAGGACCCCUAUGCCCAGCCUCCUCUCACCCCCAGGCCCCAGUCUGGGGAUAGCUGCUCCCCCCUCCCCCAGAGGCAUCCCCAGGCCCAGCAGGAGUCCUGCCCCAGGGUCCCCUCCAGCCCCCAGUCCCAAGGCAGCUCCCAGUCCCCCCUCACUCCUGGAGCCCUCUCCAACGAUGCAUUCUCUGUCCAGUCCCCGGCUUCCACCUCGCGCUUCCAGUCACCUGACCCCUACUCCCAGCCCCCCUCGCGCCCCCAGUCCAGGGACCCCUUUGCUGCUCUGCACAAGCCCCCCCGGCCCACCUCCGCUGCUCCAGAGGGCACCCCCAGCUACAGAGGCUCACCUCACCCCAACCAGCCUCCCUCACUCCCCCCGUCCUCCACCCCUGUAGGGGACCCUCUCUCUGGGAAGCCCUCUGGGCCGCCUGGGUUCAGCCGGGGCCCCAACAUGGCCUAUCAGAUGGCCCAGCAACAACAACAACAGCAGCAACAGCAACAGCAGCAGCAGCAACAACAACAACAGCAGCAGCAGCAGCAGCAACAACAGCAGCAACAACAGCAGCAGCAGCAACAACAGCAGCAACAACAGCAGCAGCAGCAACAACAGCAGCAACAACAGCAGCAGCAGCAGCAACAGCAGCAGCAACAGCAGCAGCAACAACAACUCCUCCAACAACAACAACAACAACAACAACAACAACAACAACAGCAGCUCCAGCAGCAACAGCCCCAGACUCAGGCCAUGGGUGCUGACUUCCACUCCAGGAUGACCCCCCAGCAGGACCCCACAGCCCCCCACCCCCCGGAUGCACCUCAACCCCAGGGGGCUAUGCCCGGCGUCGCCCAGGAGAUGCCGGACAUGUCAGCGGUUCAGGAUCCUGCACUACUGGGCCUCAGCCCCUCUGAGCUAGAGAAGCACAGACAGGUUCAUGUUCUAUUUGCUUUGCUUUAAUUAGGAUAUCAUUUAUUCCAGUAUGACUAUGGGGCUAAUCUUUUAAGAGUCCUUCAACAUCAUAAGAUAAAUAAUUGUCCCUUGUUGUCAUGCUUAGGCCUGAUAUAACCUCUCACCGGUGAUUCUUCUUUUCCUCUGAUAGCGACAGAAACUGAGGGAGUUGUUGAUCCGACAGCAGAUGCAGCGAAACUCAAUCCGGCAGGAGAAAGAGGCUGCAGCAGCCAGCAGUGCCGCCCCCUGUUGGCCUGGAGGAGACAUGGCAGUCUAUCAGCAAGACAAAGCACGCCGCGCUCCACCACCCUACCCACAGGUACACUAUAUAAUAUGUCAAACAACAUGUCCGACAUAAACUUGCAUCAACUUGGGUCAGGCUCAAAAUGUUUUGAAUCUGAGUGGAACUGGGAGGUACUACUUGAACUUGUCCAAUAAGAACACAUUUUUUGUUUUCCAUUGCAAAAAGUUUUUCUACAGUUUUCCCUACGGAAUAUGCCUUUGGUAAUGUCUGGCUGGUGAUUCUCAGCGGUUCCUUAGUAUUUUAAUUGAUAAAGUAGGUCCUUGUUGUUUGUCCCUGUAGGACCGUGCUGCUGCUGCUGCUGGUGCCCAGGCAGCAUUGGCAGGGAAGAUGGAUGGUGGCCGUCUGCCACCUCCAGGAACCCCUGCCAUGAUGGACCCCAACCAGCUCAGGUAUACACUCAAAUCUCUCCUUUCUCUUCCACCUCUUUCUUCCUUCUGUGUUUUGUCUCUUUCUUAAAUGCACACAUAGCUGUACAUUUGAAAUAAAUGCCAUCAGGAGUUAUUUCAGCAAAGAUAACCUUUGUGCACAACACUUUCUCACUAGCUUACAGUACGUUUUGACAUUUUGUCUGUAUUUCUCUUUUGUAGACAACCAGGGCCCCCCAACCCCCAGGGCAUGUAUGGACGACCUCCGUUCCCUGGCCAGUGGCAGCAGGGCCCAGGUCCCCGUCGGUUCCCCCAGCCUGGCAUGGAGGGUGUGGGCCCCAGGCACCACCUCAAUACCCCCAUCAACAUGCAGCCCGGCAUGGACCCCGGAGGACCCCCACCACAGUUCAUCGAGCUGAGGCACAACUCCCAGAGGCUGCCCCUGGGGACCCAGUUUCUCCAACGAGGGCCCCAGCAACGGCCGCGCCUCUACAUCACCCAGCAGCAGGAAAUGGCCCCCGGCCAGUUUGUUCAUCAUCCAAUGACUCAGGGUAUGGACUCUCAGACAGACGGGGUCAGAGACUCACGGCUGGGGCUACAGCAGGGUGGUAUGGGUCUAUUACUGCCCCAGCAGAGCACUGGCCCCUCACAACAACAACCCCAUCUCCAGCCCCACACAGGCACUUCUCAGACUGCUAACACUCCCAGCUCUCACUCUGGGCAGCAGCACCAGCCUCCCCAGAACUCCACAGAGUCCCAGGCUGGAACUUCAGGGGACCCUAAUGUUGAUCUCCCCGAGCCCGACCUGGAGGAUCCGUUUGCCCCUAAAAGGCUAGGGAAUGCCCCCGGGGAUGGAGGAAUGGAAGAUGAGGAUGACCUGGCUCUGGAUCUAGACCCUGAUAAGGGUGACGACGACCUGGGUAACCUUGACAACCUGGAAACCACAGACCCGCACCUAGACGACUUACUCAACAGUGACGAGUUUGACCUGCUGGCUUAUACGGACCCCGAGCUGGACCAAGGGGACCCCAAGGAUGUGUUCUCGGACCAGCUACGGUUGGUGGAAGCAGAGGGUGAAACACCAGGUACCUCUGGAGCUCAGCACAUCAAAGUGGAACAGAAACCAAAAGUGGAGCAAAAUCCAGUCCCAAACACAGGAGGCUCCACAUCGUCCUCAACCCCCCAUCCCUCCUCCUCGGAGUCUGCCGACACCUCCAGGAUAAAGCUCGAGCCAGGCCAAGCGGUGGUGAAGGAUGAGAUGGGAGAAGCAGUCUCCAUGCUCCUUGAAACAAACAAAUCCUCCACUCAACCAGAGAACCAGGGUGCCUCCCUGAGCUCUGUGCGUUUAGGAGGGCUCCCAUACCCUCUUCCUGGUCAGGCUGAUUCCUUAUCCUCUCUCGGGGAGGACCCUUUGGGGCUGCCCGAUGGAGGGGGACAGCACUCCCCAGCCGUGGAUCUAGACAAAGUCGAGAGCUCUCUGGAAGCCAGCGAGCUUCCCUUGCUGAUCCAGGACCUGCUGGAGCACGAGAAGAAGGAGCUCCAGAAACAGCAGCAACAGCAGCAGCUCAGCUCCCUCCACCAGGGGGCGAUGAGGGGGCACAUGGGAGGCCACCCCAACCACCAGGGGGGUCCUGGACAUAUCAUGCUGACCCAACACCAUCGCCCUCCACCCCAGGGCAUGAUGGGACAGCCAGGUAUGGUGCCACGCCCUCCACACCUCCUGCAGCAGCAAAGGAUCAUGGGACAAUCUGGGAUGACGCCACAGCACAUGGCUGCCAUGGCUCAGCAACAAGGAAUGAUGAGGGUGGGGCAUCCUGGGGGAAUUCACCCAGGGCUCAACCCUCAGCAGCAGCAACAACAGAUCAAACAGUCAACUCUGGCUGAUAACUUUUUCCCUGAUGAAGGUAAAUAAAUGAGUUCUCAAGGUUGUUUGAUCUUGUUUGAAUCAUGACUCUUAUUUAUAAAGACUGUUUGAAUCAUGACUCUUGCAUGAUUCCUGAAUCCUUUUUUGAAUCAUGACGUUUUCCUUUAAUAUAUUUUUCCCGGUGUUUCUGCUUGCUCCUUCACAGAUCUAGACAAGUUUGUGACUGACGACAUUAUGGAUCCCAUCGCCAAGGCAAAGAUGGUGGCACUGAAGGGCAUCAAGAGAGUGUUGGCACAGGACCCAAUGGGGGUACCCCCUGGCAUCAACAGGCAACAGGUCUCUCUGUUGGCCCAGAGACUAGCGUCAGCACCAGGAACAGGAGACCCACAGGGUCAACUCGCAUCUGGCCCAUCUAAGGUACUAUAGUUGUGUUCAUAAUAUUCGUCCUGUAAAGCAGAUCAUUUGCUGUGGGAUCCUCAACACACAAUCACUCAAUCUGUUUAGCUGAUUUAUGUAUUAUUAUUAUUAUUUUUGUGUAUUUUAUUUUAAAGGAUUUUCUUUUGCAAUUUAGUACAAAACAAAAGCACACAAAAAAAUUAGCAGCCAGACAUAUUAAAUUAAGUAUUGCUUAAGCAAGACAUGGGACAAAAAUAGAGCAACAAUUACAACACGGUGGUCCCGUGUAGCUCAGUUGGUAGAGCAUGGCGUUUCCCACGGGGGGCCAGUAUGAAAAAAAUACAAAUAUAAAUAAAGAAAAUUAUGCACUCACUAACUGUAAGUCGCUCUGGAUAAGAGCGUUUGCUAAAUGACUAAAAUGUAAAAAAAUGUAGUCAGUUUUCACAGUCAGUCUCUGUCCAGACAGUCCAGAAACUGACACCAAAUCUUGAGAAAGUACGGAAAAAACGAAUAUUUUCCAAGUUAAUGGUGUUAAUCAUUUCUGCUAGCCAUCUACUGAAGCAAGGGGGGGUGGGUGACUUCCAUUCUGUGAGGAUUUGUUUGUUGUUGCAGCCACCAUUCCAAACAUCAGAGCCUGUUGUUCCUCAUAGGACGAUCUUGGAACAGACUCUGAGCAGCCAAAGAGAGCAAGUUCUGCAUCAGGUUCAAUGGCCCUCUAAUAUACACUACCAGUCAAAAGUUUGGACACACCUACUCAUUCAAGGGUUUUUCUUUAUUUUUUACAUUGUAGAAUAAUAGUGAAGACAUCAAAAUUAUGAAAUAACACAUAUGGAAUCAUGUAGUAAACAAAAAAGCGUUACACAAAUCCAAAAUAUAUUUUAUAUUUGAGAUUCUUCAAAUAGCCAACCUUUGCCUUGAUGACAGCUUUGCACACUUGGUAUUCUCUCAACCAGCUUCAUGAGGUAGUCACCUGGAAUGCAUUUCAAUUAACAGGUGUGCCAUCUUAAAAGUUAAUUUGUGGAAUUUCUUUCCGUCUUAAUCCAUUUGAGCCAAUCAGUUGUGUUGUGACAAGGUAGGGGGGGGGGGGGGGGGGGGGGGGGGGUAUACAGAAUAUAGCCCUAUUUGGUAAAAAAAAAAAAAGUCCAUCAGAAAUUACAGUCCAUGUUUACUUUAAGACAUGAAGGUCAGUCAAUACUGAACAUUUCAAGAACUUUGAAAGUUUCUUCAAGUGCAGUCGCAAAAACCAUCAAGCGCUAUGAUGAAACUGGCUUUCAUGAGGACCGCCACAGGAAUGGAAGACUGGAAGUUACCUUUGCUGCAGAGGAUAAGUUCAUUAGAGUUACCAGUCUCAGAAAUUGCAGCCCAAAUAAAUGCUUCACAUAGUUCAAGGAACACACAUCUCAACAUCAACUGUUCACAGGGGACUGUGUGAAUCAGGCCUUCAUGGUCGAAUUGCUGCAAAGCAACCACUGCUAAAGGACACCAAUAAGAAGAAAAUACCUGCUUGGGCCAAGAAACACGAGCAAUGGACAUUAGAUCGGUGGAAAUGUGUCCUUUGGUGUGGAGUCCAAAUUGGAGAUUUUAGGUUCCAACCGCCCUGUCUUUGUGAGACGCGGUGUGGGUGAACGGAUGAUCUCUGCAUGUGUAGUUCCCACCGUGAAGCAUGGAGGAGGAGGUGUUAUGGUGUGGGGGUGCUUUGCUGGUGACACUGUCUGUGAUGUAUUUAGAAUUCACGGCACACUUAACCAGCAUGGCUACCACAGCAUUCUGCAGCGAUACGCCAUCCCAUCUGGUUUGGGCUUAGUGGGACUAUCAUUUGUUUUUCAACAGGACAAUGACCCAACACACCUCCAGGCUGUUUUAAGGGCUAUUUUACCAAGGAGAGCGAUGGAGUGCUGCAUCAGAUGACCUGGCCUCCACAAUCCCCCGACCUUAAUCCAAUUGAGGUUGUUUGGGAUGAGUAUGACCGCAGAGUGAAGGAAAAGCAGCCAACAAGUGCUCAGCAUAUGUGGGAACUCCUUCCAAGACUGUUGGAAAAGCAUUCCAGGUGAAGCUGGCUGAGAGAAUGCCAAGAGUGUGCAAAGCUGUCAUCAAGGCAAAGGGUGGCUAUUUGAAGAAUCUCAAAUAUAACAUAUUUUGAUUUGUUUAAGACUUUUUUGGUUACUACAUGAUUCCAUAUGUGUUAUUUCAUAGUUUUGAUGUCUUAACUAUUAUUCUACAAUGUACAAAUUAAAUAGAAACCUUGAAUGAGUAGGUGUGUCCAAACAUUUGACUGGUACUGUACCUUUGAGUACCAAUCAAAGAUGUUCCUCCAAAAAUUAUUAAGUAGGGGGCAGAGCCAAAAAAGAUGAGUUAAUGAACCCUCUGAGGCUUUACACUUGACAGAGUGGGGAGACCUGGGGGUAAAUUCUAUGUCAUUUGGUUUUGGAUUAAUGACGUCUAUGCAUGACUUUGUAUUGUAUCAAUUGAUAUCUGGCAUUGAUGGAACAGGAGUGAAUUCUAGACAGGGCUUCUCCCCAUAGAGCAUCUGAGAUCUCAAUAUUUAACUCUUUACCCCAGGUCUCCUUGAGAUGACCAGUAGAGGCCUCUGUGUAGUUGGAGAAAAAGGAGUCAGACUGUGAGAUGAGGUGUUUUGAGUUGGGAGGGCGCUGUAGCAAAUCAUAAAACGAAUGUUAUACAAGGAGGGUGUCAACAUUUUGAAUUUUCCCUUUGAAAUAGUGUCUGACUUGUAAAUAACGGAACAAAAUGUGAAUGGAAGAGAUUUAAUAUAUUAUUUAAUUGGAUGAAUGAUGCUAAUUGCUUAUCUAUGUAAAAGUAUUCAAUUGUGGCCCUUCUCCCUCCAUUCAACAAACAGCUUAUCUGAAUGAGAUGGAACAAAGUAAUGAUUUAAGCAUAUUGGGGUGUAUACAGAGGUAUCAGGCACCUUUAUAAACAUGAUUAAUCUGGUUUAAAAUUCUUAAAGAAUUUCUUAAAACAAGGUUGUUGCCUGUCAGUUUGUUUGGGUACUCUGCAUUGGAGGAAUUUGUUACAGACUUGACUUCCAUAUUUAGCCACGGGGGCAACAGUGUCCAAUUUAUCAGGGAAACCAAGUUGCCAGUACGUUAAUGUCCUGGCAUUUGCAGCCCAGUCCAGUAAUAAUGCUUAAAGAUGGGUAUGCCUAAGCCGCCACUUUCCUUGGCAUUUUGUAUGUGGGCUUUACAAAUACGAUGGUUUUUGUAACCCCAGACAAAUGAUACGAUUGUUCAAUCAAUCAAUCAAUUUUAUUUUAUAUAGCCCUUCUUACAUCAGCUAAUAUCUCGAAGUGCUGUACAGAAACCCAGCCUAAAACCCCAAACAGCUAGUAAUGCAGGUGUAGAAGCACGGUGGCUAGGAAAAACUCCCUAGAAAGGCGAAAACCUAGGAAGAAACCUAGAGAGGAACCAGGCUAUGAGGGGUGGCCAGUCCUCUUCUGGCUGUGCCGGGUGGAGAUUAUAACAGAACCAUGCCAAGAUGUUCAAAAAUGUUCAUAAGUGACAAGCAUGGUCAAAUAAUAAUCAGGAAUAAAUCUCAGUUGGCUUUUCAUAGCCGAUCAUUAAGAGUUGAAAACAGCAGGUCUGGGACAGGUAGGGGUUCCAUAACCGCAGGCAGAACAGUUGAAACUGGAAUAGCAGCAAGGCCAGGCGGACUGGGGACAGCAAGGAGUCACCACGGCCGGUAGUCCCGACGUAUGGUCCUAGGGCUCAGGUCUCUCAGUUGGCUUUUCAUAGCCGAUGUUGAGUCCAAAGUCUUAAAAAAUGAUAAGGUAAGAAAAAUUGGAAGAUUCUAGCAAAGAUAAAGGAACCUGGGAAGAGAAACCAUUUUAAUGGCAUUAAUGCGCCCCAUCAUAGAAAGAGGCAAUAUUCUCCAGCUCUCUGUUUUGUUUUAGCUUUGCAACCAGCUCACUGUAGUUAAGCUUGAAGAUGGAUUUCUAGAUAUUUUUAGUCCCGGGUAAGUUAAGUGGUCAUGCACCACUUUAAAUGGUAUCCUCUCUAACUCACUUGCUGUAAUAUUAUCUGAGAUGCACAUGAGAUUACUUUUCCCCCAAUUUAUUGAAUAGCCAGAUAGUUUGCCAAAUGAAUUGAUUAAGUCUAGUAGGUUAGGGACAGACUAAAGGGUCCCAGAGGCAUAAAAGCACAUCGUCUGCAUAUAACUAAAUGCAGCUUUCUAUGUUUCCUACUAUAAGCCUUUAAGACCUUGGAUAUUAGGAUGCUCCAUUAUUUGUAUUGCCAGGGGUUCAAGGGCGACAGCGAAGAGCAGAGGACUGAGUGGGCAACCCUGCUGAACAGAAGCUGAUUGAUGUAUUUUGACACCUUUUUAUUUUUAGGAAGGGGAAAGCAGUGACCCAACACAAUCAAGACCCAACCCUCCCCAGUUUGUACAAGGGAUCAUCAGUAAGUUCUACACAUUUCUCAUCUUUAUAAUACUUACAUAUAUUUGUUAGUUGAUGUAGUCCAGUGUUUCCCCAAACCUCUUCUUGAGUACCCACAGCCAUUGUACAUAAUUUGAUGUAUUCCAGUACAAGCACACCUGAUUGAAUUGGUCAACUAAUCACCCCCCUGUUUUCCCUACCAGACGAUACAGAGCAGCAUCAGUAUGAAGAGUGGCUCCUACACACCCAGCAGCUGCUGCAGAUGCAGCUCAAGUUCCUGGAGGAGCAGAUCGGAGCUCACCGCAAGUCCCGUAAGGCUCUGUGUGCCAAGCAGCGCACUGCCAAAAAGGCAGGCCGUGAUUUUGCCGAGGCUGACGCAGAGAAACUCAAAUUGGUCACAGAGGAGCAGAGCAAGAUCCAGAAACAGCUGGACCAGGUGGGGAAGACUCUCUGAAAAUCCUUACCCCAUCCAUCCACCCACCCACCCACCAUCAUGCUUUCCAGUCUUAAAGUAACUGUCCAGUGAAAGUCUCACUUUUAAAAGUUCAUGUUCUGUUAACUCAUACCCAAAUAAUGUUGUUGACUCAUCGUGUAUUUGUGCCCAAAGCAUACAUUGGAUAAAAAACACUUCAAAAUCCCCACCCCAAUCUUGUAUCUCAGACUGUUUAAAAAAUGCUUGCUAUUUCCUCAUGGAGGAUGAUGUAGCUGGCCAGUCAGCGGUCUACUCACAUUAAUAUAUUUAAUGACCGGUAUACGCCCACACAUUCUGUUGUUGGGGUAUGCCCACGCCUUUCCAACACAGAAAAGCUGCUUUUUUUCAACUUGUGCCAAUUUCACAUAUUUUCAAGUUGGGGUGGUGCUUUAGAUGAUGAAUUUGAAUUUGCUAAAUGGUGAAAUGUCCCUUUUAACAUAAUUACUAUUUUUUGGAAGGAAAACGAUUUCACCCAUAUUUCUAAUUCUAAGUCAUAUUUCAUAGAAAUCUGGAAACACUGGACAGUUACUUUAACAUGGUACUAGGCUCCUGUUAACCCAUAUCUCUCGUUGUGUUUCAGGUGCGAAAGCAGCAAAAGGAACACACCAACCUGAUUGCAGAGUACAGGAGCAAGCAGCAGCAGCACCAGCAGGGCUCUGGUCUCCUGGCCCCAGGGCCCUCCACCCAGGGGACCCACAUGCUCUCCAAGAUGCCCGGGCAGAUGAUGAUGGGCCAGCAAGGAGCUCCCAUGAUGGGCCAACCUCCAGGAAUCAUGCCCCAGGGAGGUAUGCCUGUCAGAAUGCCCCCACAGGGACAGCCGUUCCUGGGAGGAGGCCAGCACCCCGGAGCCCUGGGAGUCAGAUCCCCUGGUCCUCCUGUUUGUCCUCCUGCAGGGUUCUUCCCCCAGGGUCCAGGAGGAGUCCAAGGAGCAGACCCAAGACUUCUCCAGGAGAGACAACACAGGAUGCAGAUGAUCCAGAAACUACAACAGCAGCAGCAACAACAGGCGAUGAUGCAAGGCCAGCAGCCCAUGCCACAUCCAGGUGUCCAACCAGGUAUGUUGCCACAGCCAAGCGUCAUGGGUAACUCUCUGAUUAGUCAACAACAACAACCAAACCUCCAACAGGGAAUUAUGCCCAACCAGGCCAUGGUGCCCCAGGGAAUGGUACCAGGGCAGGCUGUGGCCCAGCCACCUCAGACCUUGAUGGGAGGGCAGCCUAUGAACCAGCCUCCAGGCAUGAUGGUUGCUCAGCCAGGCAUGAUGGGGGCCCAGCCAGGGUUGAUGGGGGCCCAGCCAGGCAUACAGCAGCAACAGAGGCCUCAGGUCAUAAUGGGACAGCAGGGAGUAGGGGGACCCCCUCAGCACCAUGGACUAAGAGGACCCGGCCAGGCCCAGCUCACACCUCAACAACAACAAAUCCUGGCUCAGCGCAUGUUGGCGCAACAGAAGCUACAGCAGCAGCAGCAAGUGGCACAACAACAGCUUAGGCAACCACCACCACAGGGCUUCAUCAGCCAACCCAUCCAGGCUCAAGACUCCCACGGAGGACUCUCUCAACCUGCUACCCCAGGUCAGAUGGGAUCUUCUCCCGCUUCAGCAGGGGGGAGCACGCGGGUCACCCCUCAACCAACUGAGGGGCUGCAGCAGGGGGAGGGUGGCAUCCUUAGUCCUAGCUCCAAGACCCCUCCACAGCAGGGUGGAGCUGGACCUUCAACCCCUGGCCAGAUGACCCAACCAGGGGCUGCUGGAGAGCAACAGGCGGUAGUGGGACAACAACAGCAAUACAUGGCCCAGCAGCAGCAACAGGCACAACAACAACAACCGCCUCAAAAUGCUCAAGCUGGACAUCAACAGCAAGCAGGUUACCAACAGGCAGGCAUGCAUCCUCAAGUACAACAGCAGCAACCACAGCAGCAACAGCAGCUUCAACAACAACUCUCUCUACAGCGACAGAACUCCCUCAAUGCUGAUCCCUCAAAGUCUGGUUUGGUUACCGUCAAGCAGGAAGGACAGCAGAUGUGUUACAUGGCCCAACAACAGCAACAACAACAACAUAAUCUUAUGCAGCAAGCCCAAGACCCCAUUAGACAACAACAGCAACAACAACAACAGAAUCUUAUGCAGCAAGCCCAAGACCCCAUUAGACAACAACAUGACAAUAUGGGCCAGAUGAAAAAUGUGAUGGGUCAACAGAACCACCCUGGUCAGCCUCAGCCCGUCCCUGGUAUGCCAGGCCACCCUAGUCCCCAGCAACAGGCCCUCAUGGCCCAGCAGCAGAAGCAGCAGGCCAUGAUGGGCAUGCUGAGAGCCCAGCAGCAGGGCAUGAUGCCUGGCCAGAGGCCUGGAGGUCCACCUGGUCAGAUACGCACCCCAGUCAACAUCCAGGCUAUCAUAGCCCAGAACCCCCAGCUCCGACACCUCACCCCCAACCAGCAGAUACAGCACAUCCAGGCCAUGAUCCAACAGCGCCAGCUCCAACAGCAGCAACAACAACAGGGCCAGAUGCUGAGGCUUCAGGUGGGCCAAGGACAGCCAGGGCAGAUGGGGCCCCUAGGAUCAGGGCAGCAGGUGGGACAGGUCCAGAGGAUGCCUGGAGGUCUGGAGGCCCAGCAGCAGCAGAUGCACUAUGGAGGAGCUCUGGGGAAACCAGGGGGAGUGGGCUCCCCGCAACAACCAGGGAUGAUGGGCCUCGGCCAACCACCGGGCGUGGUGGUGACUCAGAUGCAGCAGCAGCAAGGGAUCACGGGACCUGUAGUCCAACAGCAGCAGCCAGGAGCCUCGCCUCAGUAUUCUCUGAGUGUCCAGCAGCAGCAGAUGAUUCAGCAACAACAGGCCCAGCAACACCAGAUGAUGAGAUGCCAGGUACCCAUGGUUCGCUCCCCCAUGGGGCAGGUACGUGGUGGGCCCCCUCAUGGCCGCCUCAUAAGGCCCAUGUCUCCCCGCCAACCCUUGGCAAACUCCCCUGGUGACCCCCAGCGCCACGCCAUGGCACAGGCGAUGGGGAUGCGUCAACCCAACCAAGUCAUGCAACACCAGCAACAACCACAGAUCCACAUGGCUCAACAACGCUUCCAGGGCUCUCCCUCCCACGCAGGAUCCCCUGCAGGAUCCUCAGUCCAGAAACAGGAAGCAGGCAUGAGCCCAGCUACCCCAGGCACGCCACACUCCACCCACGUUGCCUCUCCGUCUGUAACUGACGGUGCAGCUGGGAAAGGUAGUCCUUACAGUCAGAUCAAGGCGUCUCCUCUCAGGUCACCUGGAGCAUCCAAGAGUCCCCUGGACUACCCUGGGCUUAAGGCCGGAAGUGGCGACAUUACUCAGAGCCAAGUCCCCCCGAAUGGGCCUUCGCCUCAGAAGGGUGAGAGUGGACAGCAGGGACGGCAGCAUCCACAACAGGGUUCAGAGAACCAGGGUGGUCCUCAAUCUCCACCAGGCUCCAGAGAGGGAGCUCUGUGUAAGAUGACCCUAGAGAACAUCAAACAGGAGCCCAGAGAGGUGACCUGUGAUGGGGAAGGAGGUGGUGGUCCACACUCUGGGGCCAUCAAGAGGGAGGUGACUGGGGAGCCGGUUGGAGGGUUUGGUAACACUGGUCCUGGACUAGGAGGGGACCCAGGAGCCCACGUCCCCAGGACUGAGACAGGACAACAGCUGCUGCAGAAGCUCCUGAGGACCAAGAACCUGCAGCUGGCAGCUCAUAGGCCAUCUGACGGCAUCCACAACGAGAUCAACGGACACAUCAACAGCAAGCUGGCCAUGCUAGAGCAGAAACUACAGGGGACUCCACGCAAUAUGGAGGUGAGUCAGAUAUAUCCUAUCCGUUAUGUCUGUUAUACAUCUUCUUCUCCUUUUUGCCAGGGAGUAGGUAAGAGUCAUAGAAAUGUACUUAGAAUGUCAUAGUCCUCUCAAAUGGGAUGAUGGUGCAAUUCCUUGCUUCAUUGCAUUUGUUUGUCCUCUUCACAGGAUCUGCAGUCCAUCACAAAGAGGGCUCCUGUUGCCAAGGCAAAGCGCACCAACAAGACUGGAGAACGAGCGCCCCAGUCCCGUAAAAAGAAGAAAGAGGAGGUUGGGAAGAGCACUGAAGCCCUGAUGAAACAACUGAAACAGGUUAGAGGAGAUGAACUCCGAGGCUUGGUGAAUGAAUUCAGAGCACCAGACCUUUUCUCACCGAAACGUAGUGGGACACUUUAAUUUAAAUGAAAGGGUGGAAAUGAACUGUUGAUUUUAGUGUAUGCUGUAUUAUUUGAUAACUUUGAUAUUGCAAUGGAAAAAAAGCGCUCUCUAAAAAAUGCAGUGCAUAUUUGGUAGGAUGCCAUUUUUUACAGUAAUACCUAAUUUGGCUUUCCCCAUGCUUGUUUAGUUUUUUGUGACAGAAACUUACAAAUGUUGUCAUUAUUUUCAUCCAGGGCCUUUCUCUCCUUCCCCUGAUGGAGCCCUCCAUCACUGCCAGUCUGGACCUAUUCGCCCCUUUCGGCAGCAGCUCAGCCAACGGCAAGGCCCAGCUCAAGGGCUCCUUUGGAAAUGCAGUACUGGACAACAUCCCAGACUACUACUCUCAGCUUCUCACCAAGGUACUGUCUUUUCAACAAGCUGAUGUGUACAGCAUAGACUUACUGUUAAGGUCUAGAUUUCCAGCUACAUAUUGCUCUUAUGCAACAGUGUUCUCAGACAUUAUUUUCUUUAUUUAUGUAUAUUCACUCACCCAGCAGUUUAACAAGAUGUGCGUAUUUUUUGCUUUUGAAGCGCUUUGAGAUUUCUUUCUGUUAUGAAAAGUGCUAUAGAAGUUUAAUAAAUUAUUAUCAUUAUUAUAUGACAACAAUGGCUUUUAUUGAUCUCAAUUAUCCCACUGUUCACUGUUUAACCACGGCACCCUAUAUCCUUAGAGUAACCUCAGUAAUCCACCAACACCCCCGUCCUCCCUGCCCCCCACACCACCCCCCUCGGUGCAGCACAAGAUGCUCAACGGGACGACUGCUGUGGAGGAGCUGACUGAGGUACAGAAGGAUUCCGAGACCACAGAGGACACUAUGGGUAAGACGAGGCUUUUAUAUAAUUUAAAUAAAUAUAUUUUAAGUGUUUUUAAGUCUUUCUUUUAAAUAAAGAGUCACUUUGUCUCACUUCCGAGUACCUGUAUGGUUUUAUACAGGCACCCCCAAAUUCAGGUAAUGAAUUUGUCAUCCAAAACCCUCAGCAAUUUCAUGGUCCUUCGAGCCAGAUAGGAACAAUGUAAGGGUUUUGUACAGUGCAGUCAGAUUUUAUGAGCAGCUGAACAGUAUGUUAAUCGCAUCUCUCUCUACAAUGUGUCUGCAGAUUCUGUCACUGAGGAGGUAAAGAGUAUGGAUAUCCUUGCAGCACUCCCCACCCCUCCUCAUAACCAGAACGAGGACAUCAGGUAUGAUAUGCAGGACCUAAAAUAAACGUUUUGGUCCACCAGCCACUGUGGCAGGUAGAUUUAAAAAUCUACCAGCCACUCAGAUUUUUUACCAGACAAAAUAUUUUAUGUGUGCUAAAAUUACACAAAGAAAACACAAAAAAACUGAUGAGCAUGCUUUAUAAUGUUUCUAAAACAAAUGUAUUACUAGUAAGAAGUAAUGUGGUAUAUUGUUUAAUUUCAUAACAUUUUUUGUGACCUGAGUGUUUUAACCAAAAUAUCACAGAUGAGACAACAUUUUCACCUGCCCCUUUAAGGGUGGGAGGUUACCGUGGUAACGUGACAGUCAUGUUUUGCAUGUGAGAUUGAGUCUGACGAGUUGCCGCGUUAUCUUCUCUUCCCUAUCAGUUGAAACUCAAACAUUGAAAAACAACCUAGCUUGUGAACAAAACAAGGUAAAUAGCCAAGUAGACUUUUGUUUCAAGUACACUACCGGUCAAAAGUUUUAGAACACCUACUCUUUCAAGGGUUUUUCUUUACAGCCACCCUUUGCCUUGAUGCCAACUUUGCACACUUUUGGCAUUCUCUCAACCAGCUUCAUGAGGUAGCGACCUGAUGUGCAUUUCAAUUAACAGGUGUGCCUUCUUAAAAGUUAAUUUGUGCAAUUUCUUUCCUUCUUAAUGCGUUUAAGCCAAUCAGUUGUGUUGUGACAAUACAGAAGAUGGCCCUAUUUGGUAAAAGAUGAACAUGAAGGUCAGUCAAUUCGGAACAUUUCGAGAACUUUGAAAGUUUCUUCAAGUGCAGUCGCAAAAACCAUCGAGCGCUAUGAUGAAACUGGCUCUCAUGAGGACUGCCACAAGAAUGGAAGACCCAGAGUUACCUCUGCUGCAGAGGAUAAUUUCAUUAGAGUGACCAGCCUCAGAAAUUGCGGCCCAAAUAAUAACAGACACAUCUCAACAUCAACUGUUCAGAGGAGACUGUGUGAAUCAGGCCUUCAUGGUCGAAUUGCUGCAAAGAAACCACUACUAAAGGACACCAAUAAGAAGAAGAGACUUGCUUGGGCCAAGAAACACGAGCAAUGGACAUUAGACCGGUGGAAAUGUGUCCUUUGGUGUGGAGUCCAAAUUUGAGAUUUUUGGUUCCAACCGCCGUGUCUUUGUGAGACGCUGUGUGGGUGAACGGAUGAUCUCCGCAUGUGUAUUUCCCACCGUGAAGCAUGGAGGAGGAGGUUUUAUGGUGUGGGGGUGCUUUGCUGGUGACACUGUCAGUGAUGUCUUUAGAAUUCAAGGCACACUUAACCAGCAUGGCUACCACAGCAUUCUGCAGCGAUACGCCAUCCCAUCUGGUUUGGGCUUAGUGGGACUAUCAUUUGUUUUUCAACAGGACAAUGACCCAACACACCUCCAGGCUGUGUAAGGACUAUUUGACCAAGAAGGAGAGUGAUGGAGUGCUGCAUCAGAUGACCUGGCCUCCACAAUCCCCCGACCUCAACCAAAUUGAGAUGGUUUGGGAUGAGUCGGACCGCAGAGUGAAGGAAAAGCAGCCAACAAGUGCUCAGCAUAUGUGGGAACUCCUUCCAAGACUGUUGGAAAAGCAUUCCAGGUGAAGCUGGUUGAGAGCAUGCCAAGUGUGUGCAAAGCUGUCAAGGCAAAGGGUGGCUAUUUGAUAUAUUUAUUUUGAUUUGUUGAACACUUUUUUGGUUACUACAUGAUUCCAUAUGUGUUAUUUCAUAGUUUUGAUGUCUUCACUAUUAUUCUACAAUGUAGAAAAUAGUAAAAAUAAAGAAAAACCCUUGAAUGAGUAGGUGUUCUAAAACUUUUGACCGGUAGUGUAUAUUAGACCAACUUUUAUGGCUGUCCGCAGCGCUUCUAAAAAUGCUUAUUUCACUCAGCUCUUCACGCACACAGCCCUCAGCCAGGUGGUGUUGCAGCACGAGGUGGGAUAGGCUAUAGGAUUCGUAGAUCUUUGACUUUAUGCUAUGAAUUUACCAGCUAUGAAACAAAAAACAGCCACUGCAGCAUUUAUUUAACUAUGUAAGUGAUCAUACUUGACUGUUUUUAUUCACAAAUGCAUGUACAAUGCCCACACUGUGGAGCCCUGACCACCCGCAAACGUGGCUGGUGAAAUAGAUAUCUUACCCGCCAAUGCCAAAAUCUACCCGCAUUUGGCUGGUGUUCAUUUUAGGCCCUGAUUAUAUGAUAUGGAGCUUAUCUGAAUCCUGUGUUAGGGAUGGGCACGGUCGUUCGAAUUGACAUUAGUAUUUGAAUACUUGCGAGAGUAUUCAUUUCUUUGAAGAAAAAAAAUCAUAGGCCUAUUUUAAAAAUGAAAAGUCUGUCUCAAUUAAAUAAAGGUGUCUGUGACAUUGAUAUAUAUGGAUAUACCAUGACAUUUGAAAUUCUUAAUUUAAUAAAACAUACUUUUGAAUGUAUUUUUUAUGACGUGCGCCCCAUAAAAAUACAUACCGUAUAACCUACACAGGUUUCAAGCGUGUAGAUUGUUGGCAUUACAGUCAGAGGCUCCAUGUGAGCAACGUGAAGUGGGAGAUCUCUUAUCAAUGCAAAAUAGAAUACAAAUUACAGAAUAGUUAGCUAAAUGAGUAGGCUACAACGAGCAACAAACAGGUAGGCUGCUGUUUAAUCUGAAUGGAGUUGUUGUAGACAAGGACGGGGAGCGCGGUAAAAUAGCCUCAACUAGCCUAGCUAGCUGGCUAGCUAACAUCUGGCUAUCAUCAAAUCACAUUUUAUUUGUCACAUGCGCCAAAUACAGCAGGUGUAGACCUUCCAGUGAAAUGCUUACUUUACAAGCCCUUAACCAACAAUGCAGUUUUAAGAAAAAUAAGUGUUAGGAAAGUAUUUACUAAAAUAAACUUAAGUAAAAAAUAAAUAAUUAAAGAGCAAUGAUAAAAUAACAGUAGCGAGGCUAUAUACAGGGGGUACCGGUACAGAGUCAAUAUGCGGGGCCACAGGUUAGUCUAGGUAAUUGAGGUAAUACAGUGGGGAGAACAAGUAUUUGAUACACUGCCGAUUUUGCAGGUUUUCCUACUUACAACGCAUGUAGAGGUCUGUAAUUUUUAUCAUAGGUACACUUCAACUGUGAGAGACGGAAUCUAAAACAAAAAUCCAGAAAAUCACAUUGUAUGAUUUUUAAGUAAUUCAUUUAUUUCAAGGUGAAAUAAAUAAAUAAAAAAUAAAUAAACAAUAGAGAUUGCAUCAUCUGUGGAUCUGUUGGGGCGGUAUGCAAAUUGGAGUGGGUCUAGGGUUUCUGGGAUAAUGGUGUUGUGAGCCAUGACCAGCCUUUCAAAGCACUUCAUGGCUACAGAUGUGAGUGCUACGGGUCGGUAGUCAUUUAGGCAGGUUACCUUAGUGUUCUAGGGCACAGGGACUAUGGUGGUCUGCUUGAAACAUGUUGGUAUUACAGACUCAGCCAGGGACAGGUUGAAAAUUUCAGUGAAGACACUUGCCAGUUGGUCAGCGCAUGCUCAGAGUACACAUCCUGGUAAUCCGUCUGGCUCUGCGGCCUUGUGAAUGUUGACCUGUUUAAAGGUCUUACUCACAUCGGCUACGGAGAGCGUGAUAACAUAGUCGUCCAGAACAGCUAGUGCUCUCAUGCAUGCUUCAGUGUUGCUUGCCUCAAAGCGAGCAUAGAAGUGAUUUAGCUCGUCUGGUCGGCUCUUGUCACUGGGCAGCUCGCGGCUGUGCAUCCCUUUGUAGUUCGUAAUAGUUUACCAGCCCUGCCACAUCAGACGAGCAUCGGAGCCGGUGUAGUACGAUUCAAUCUUAGCUUUGCCUGUUUGAUGGUUCGUCGGAGGGCAUAGCGGGAUUUCUUAUAAGCGUCCUGCUCCUUGAAAGCGGAAGCUCUACCCUUUACCUCAAUGCGGAUGUUGCCUGUAAUCCAUGGCUUCUGGUUGGGGUAUGUAUGUAUUGUCGCUGUGGGGACGACGUCAUCGAUGCACUUAUUGAUGAAGCCAGUGGCUGAUGUGGUGUACUCCUCAAUGCCAUCGGAUGAGUCCCGGAACAUAUUCCAGUAUGUGGUAGCAAAACAGUCCUGUAGCUUAGCAUCUGCGUCAUCUGAUCACUUCUGUAUUGAGCGAGUCACUGGUACCCGCUGCUUUAGUUUUUGCUUGUAAUCAGGAGGAUAGAAUUAUGGUCAGAUUUGCCAAAUGGAGAGCUAGUUUCUUUACAUCGAUUUGAUGCACUAAAGACAGGCACUGACAAAUGGGAUGAUGGAUAACCUAUGUCAUUUACAAGUUUGUCUAACUAGCGCGAGUCGGUGGCUACUUUUUCUCUCUCCCCCCUUGGGAUCACAUUGUUAUUGUUUUUAACUUUUCCUCAAUAUUUUGAGGAGGACCAUCCUUUUUCUCUCUGGAGUAGCCUCCUCUGUCAUGUAUAGUACCCUCCCAUCCUAUACACAGUGUGCCCUUGACAGAUCAUAUUUUCCAGGAUGGAGAGCAAGUAUUUUGCUCUCAGUACUAAAAUAACUACUCAUAAUAAUGAGUAGUUAUUUAGUAUGAAGUUGAUUGCAAACAUUACCUUACCUCUAUCUUUCAGGAUGGAGAGUGAUGAGGACAGCGACGCUCCAGACAGUAUUGUUCCAGCAUCCUCUCCUGAGAGUGACCUAGGUGACGAGGCACCCCGCUUCCCUCGCCUCAGAGAACCCAAAGAGGAGGAGACCGAGAGAACCAUCUCCCCUACCAUACCACUCAUCCCCCGCACUGCCAUCCCAGGUAGGACCACUACACAUUCUUCUGAUCUCAUAAAAAAUAUAGGUUACUUGUUGACAAUGCACUUAUUGUAAGUUGCUCUUGAGCGUGCGUCAAAGAGCAUCGCUAAAUGACUAAAAUAUUUCAAAAUGUAGUACCAAACUAAUAAUUGGACUAUCACUUCGGAAAUAUUAACUUAGGAAUUCCCUCCUCUUGCCAGUCCACGUCAUCUUUUUUCUGUCCUUGUCCAGUGUUUCCAGAGAACAAGCCGUUUGAAGCAGCGGAUGACAAGGUGGUGUCUACAACCAACCCCUGGGACAAAGCCAAGAGCAACGAGGUGGCUGUGACCUUCGCACUGUCCUCCGCUGCAGCCAAGGUACUGAGCUAACCCUCUUACGUCCCUACACCCCUUUCUGACCCCCUCUCAUUUUCACUCCAACCAAUCUCCUAUCUAGCCUGGUCCCAGAUCAGUUUGUGCUAUUUUGCCAACUCCUAUGGUCAUUGUCACGUUUGGCAAAUGGCACAAACCGAUAUGGGACCAGGCUAGCUCCUAUCUGAACUAAACCAUGAACUGUCUGUCAAGAAAAAACAACAACAAUUGGGACAGUUAAGAUCUUGAUGGAUGGGUGGGUUGAUGUUUAUUUCUCCAGAAUCUGAACCAUGUAAUGGUGGCGGUGGCUCAGCUCCUCCACAUGCGGAUGCCUGGUUCCUAUGAGGUGGCUUUCUCUCCCAGCCCGGGCAGAGCAGGAGCCUCAGGACCAGGAAAAAGCCCCGAACAACCAGGUACUGGACCUCCAGAUGAUUUCUAUUAUAUUUAUCCUCACAGUUAAGUCCCAAAUAGAAUGUAGUUACCUACUAAAUAGUGAUCUAACCAAAAACAUAACAUUUUUGGGAGGAGAAUAAGCUGAUCCUAGAUCUAUGCCUAAGCUUAAUGUUUCUCCAGGUUGAACCCCCCCCCAUCUUAAAUUAUUAGCUAGAUAAAAUAAUUGGAGAAACAGAAAAGAAACCGAUUUAUAAUAGUAAACUCUCCCCUCAGGUACCCCGUGUGUGAAGACUGGUGGUAUAGAUGGUAGUUCACCCAACCAGGAUGCAGAGUGGCUCAGACAGUUUGAUGUUUCUCUGCCAGGCUGCACUCUGAAGAAACAGGUGGACAUCCUCUCACUCAUCAAACAGGUAUGUCACAUUCUCUCCAUUUCAGGGAUGUGAAUAUUCCUUAUUAAUCAGAAAAUUCCUGCUUUCCUGAUAUUCCUCCAAUAUAAUAGACAGACCUAUUCCUGGGCCAAAAUCCUUGUCCUGCUCACAUCCCUGUGCAGCAGUGCUCCAGACUGCGGCCAUGUAGUCUCAUUUUGCGACCCUUGAACUUGGCUGUGCGAGGUACAUUUUGAAUUGGUCUUAAUCGGUGCGAGCUGCACAUUCUAUCUGAUCACCUCAAUCAGAACUUCAAAACAUUUUUUGCGGAUAAAGCAAUUAUUUGGUCAAACAGUAAAGUGCACUAUCCUCAUGAUUUCUAUAGGCCUAAUGAAAUGAAAUCAAAUGUAUUUGUCACAUGCACCGAAUACAACAGGUGUAGACCUUACUGUGAAAGUGCCUGUUUCGCUGGGGCCGGCAGCUUUGGUGAGCUGUGAGGAUUUCUCAAUAUUGAGCUAGUAGCACACUAUUUUAUAACCGAGACAUCUGAUAUGGCUUUAAAAAAUGCACACCAGCCAUUGCAAGUGCAUGUAUGCCUCAUUGGAUAGUGCCACUGCAGUUUUUUAGGACAUGAAAUGUACUGUUCGAUUUAAUACUACUAGUUGUGGGUUUUAUAUUUAGUUAGUGAUCAGACUAAGUUUCCACUCCCUCAGGUGGUAAAUUAGCCCCAAAUGAAUCAGGCCUAUGUGAUAUUAGUGCACAUAAAGAUGUAUCAAAUGCCUGUUUUGAACAAAAAAAAAUAAUAAUAAUAAUCUGGAGUCCUAUUUUAACAUAGAAAUAUAACCAUAGCCUAAUUGUCAAACCAAAAUUCAUGGCAAUCACUGGAUUAGGUUGUACAUCAAAAUAUUUUGAAUCAUGCGUUCUUGCUUUGACAUGUUAAAUGAAACAACCUAUUUAUUGAAUACAGUCUCAGUAGUGUAAUACAGUUCUUAAUAAAGCACAGUGAAUGACUGACUUUAUAAGAUCAUUACAAAAAAAUAUACACUGCUCAAAAAAAUAAAGGGAACACUUAAACAACACAAUGUAACUCCAAGUCAAUCACACUUCUGUGAAAUCAAACUGUCCACUUAGGAAGCAACACUGAUUGACAAUACAUUUCACAUGCUGUUGUGCAAAUGGAAUAGACAACAGGUGGAAAUUAUAGGCAAUUAGCAAGACACCCCCAAUAAAGAACUGGUUUUGCAGGUGGUGACCACAGACCACUUCUCAGUUCCUAUGCUUCCUGGCUGAUGUUUUGGUCACUUUUGAAUGCUGGCGGUGCUUUCACUCUAGUGGUAGCAUGAGACGGAGUCUACAACCCACACAAGUGGCUCAGGUAGUGCAGCUCAUCCAGGAUGGCACAUCAAUGCGAGCUGUGUCAAGAAGGUUUGCUGUGUCUGUCAGCGUAGUGUCCAGAGCAUGGAGGCGCUACCAGGAGACAGGCCAGUACAUCAGGAGAUGUGGAGGAGGCCGUAGGAGGGCAACAACCCAGCAGCAGGACUGCUACCUCCGCCUUUGUGCAAGGAGGAGCACUGCCAGAGCCCUGCAAAAUGACCUCCAGCAGGCCACAAAUGUGCAUGUGUCUGCUCAAAUGGUCAGAAACAGACUCCAUGAGGGUGGUAUGAGGGCCCAACGUCCACAGGUGGGGGUUGUGCUUACAGCCCAACACCGUGCAGGACGUUUGGCAUUUGCCAGAGAACACCAAGAUUGGCAAAUUCGCCACUGGCGCCCUGUGCUCUUCACAGAUGAAAGCAGGUUCACACUGAGCACAUGUGACAGACGUGACAGAGUCUGGAGACGCCGUGGAGAACGUUCUGCUGCCUGCAACAUCCUCCAGCAUGACCGGUUUGGCGGUGGGUCAGUCAUGGUGCGGGGUGGCAUUUCUUUGGGGGGCCGCACAGCCCUCCAUGUGCUCGCCAGAGGUAGCCUGACUGCCAUUAGUUACCGAGAUGAGAUCCUCAGACCCCUUGUGAAACCAUAUGCUGGUGUGGUUGGCCCUGGGUUCCUCCUAAUGCAAGACAAUGCUAGACCUCAUGUGGCUGGAGUGUGUCAGCAGUUCCUGCAAGAGGAAGGCAUUGAUGCUAUGGACUGGCCCGCCCGUUCCCCAGACCUGAAUCCAAUUGAGCACAUCUGGGACAUCAUGUCUCGCUCCAUCCACCAACGCCACGUUGCACCACAGACUGUCCAGGAGUUGGCGGAUGCUUUAGUCCAGGUCUGGGAGGAGAUCCCUCAGGAGACCAUCCGCCACCUCAUCAGGAGCAUGCCCAGGCGUUGUAGGUAGGUCAUACAGGCACGUGGAGGCCACACACACUACUGAGCCUCAUUUUGACUUGUUUUAAGGACAUUACAUCAAAGUUGGAUCAGCCUGUAGUGUGGUUUUCUACUUAAAUUUUGAGUGUGACUCCAAAUCCAGACCUCCAUGGGUUGAUACAUUUGAUUUCCGUUGAUUAAUUUUUGUGUGAUUUUGUUGUCAGCACAUUCAACUAUGUAAAGAAAAAAGUAUUUAAUAAGAUUAUUUCAUUCAUUCAGAUCUAGGAUGUGUUGUUUAAGUGUUCCCUUAAUUUUUUUGAGCAGUGAUAUUGUGUGGAAAGAAAUUGGUGCGACCAAAUCAUGGGCUGGUGCCACCAACUGAAAACAUUCGUACACCAGUGCCAUCAGGAUAAAGUGUUAGUUUGGAGGCCUGCUGUGCAGUCUCCCUAUGAUAUAACCCUAUAUAUUUAUGAUGUAGCUAUAUUUAUUAAGGGUGGAACGAUUCACCGAUACGCAUUGGCCUCCGAUUCAAAUGUUUAAGAUAGGACUGAAUCGGUCCGCGGACAACCACAUUGAUCCGAAUGUAGCAUGCAUCGGUCCAAAGACAAUCGAUUCAAACCUUACGAAUAGCCGAUUCACACUUGUUUUGUGCUCAUUGCUUUCUACCUCCUCUUUUGUGACAACUGAGGCAUCCUCCAGUGUCAAACUAAGCAUGUAACUGUGUUGACAAUCGUAGGUCUAGAAGUCAUUUUGCAUGCUGAAUAACCCUAGCGAACAUCAGUAGCCUAGUCAAUUUGCGCACUGUGCCCAGCUUCGGCCUGUUCCUGAUCUUGCACAUCUGUGUGGCACCUUCAGCAUUGAAAUGCUAAAAUGGCUUGCGCGAUAUUAAGCUUUAUUAGUUGAAUGACAACCUAUGUAAUUUGCUAGGUAGUUGUUAUCUACAGUGGGGAAAAAAAGUAUUUAGUCAGCCACCAAUUGUGCAAGUUCUCCCACCUAAAAAGAUGAGAGGCCUGUAAUUUUCAUCAUCGGUACAAGUCAACUAUAUAUAUAACUUUUAAAAAAACUUUUAAAAAACUAUGACAGACAAAUUGAGAGAAAAAAAUCCUGAAAUUCACAUUGUAGGGUUUUUAACAAAUUUAUUUCCACAUUUUGGUGGAAAAUAAGUAUUUGGUCACCUACAAACAAGCAAGAUUUCUGGCUCUUACAGACCUGUAACUUCUUCUUUAAGAGGCUCCUCUGUCCUCCACUCGUUACCUGUAUUAAUGGCACCUGUUUGAACUUGUUAUCAGUAUAAAAGACACCUGUCCACAACCUCAAACUGUCACACUCCAAACUCCACUAUGGCCAAGACCAAAGAGCUGUCAAAGGACACAAGAAACAAAAUUGUAGACCUGCACCAGGCUGGGAAGACUGAAUCUGCAAUAGGUAAGCAGCUUGGUUUGAAGAAAUCAACUGUGGGAGCAAUUAUUAGGAAAUGGAAGACAUACAAGACCACUGAUAAUCUCCCUUGAUCUGGGGCUCCACGCAAGUUCUCACCCCGUGGGGUCAAAAUGAUCACAAGAACGUUGAGCAAAAAUCCCAGAACCACACGGGGGGACCUAGUGAAUGACCUGCAGAGAGAUGGGACCAAAGUAACAAAGCCUACCAUCAGUAACACACUACGCCGCCAGGUACUCAAAUCCUGCAGUGCCAGACGUGUCCCCCUGCUUAAGCCAGUACAUGUCCAGGCCCGUCUGAAGUUUGCUAGAGUGCAUUUGGAUGAUCCAGAAGAGGAUUGGGAGAAUGUCAUAUGGUCAGAUGAAACCAAAAUAUAACUUUUUGGUAAAAACUAAACUCGUCGUGUUUGGAGGACAAAGAAUGCUGAGUUGCAUCCAAAGAACACCAUACCUACUGUGAAGCAUGGGGGUGGAAACUUCAUGCUUUGGGGCUGUUUUUCUGCAAAGGGACCAGGACGACUGAUCCGUGUAAAGGAAAGAAUGAAUGGGGCCAUGUAUCGUGAGAUUUUGAGUGAAAACCUCCUUCCAUCAGCAAGGGCAUUGAAGAUGAAACGUGGCUGGGUCUUUCAGCAUGACAAUGAUCCCAAACACACCGCCCGGGCAACGAAGGAGUGGCUUCGUAAGAAGCAUUUCAAGGUCCUGGAGUGGCCUAGCCAGUCCAGAUCUCAACCCCAUAGAAAAUCUUUGGAGGGAGUUGAAAGUCUGUGUUGCCCAGCGACAGCCCCAAAACAUCACUGCUCUAGAGGAGAUCUGCAUGGAGGAAUGGGCCAAAAUACCAGCAACAGUGUGUGAAAACCUUGUGAAGACUUACAGAAAACGUUUGACCUGUGUCAUUGCCAACAAAGGGUAUAUAACAAAGUAUUGAGAAACUUUUGUUAUUGACCAAAUAUUUAUUUUCCACCAUAAUUUGCAAAUAAAUUCAUUAAAAAUCCUACAAUGUGAUUUUCUGGAAAAAAAAAUCUCAUUUGGUCUGUCAUAGUUGACGUGUACCUAUGAUGAAAAUUACAGGCCUCUCUCAUCUUUUUAAGUGGGAGAACUUGCACAAUUGGUGGCUGACUAAAUACUUUUUUUCCCCACUGUAUGCACUGUUGAAAAUUGUUUUUUACCGGAAUAAAUGUAAGCUACCGGAGACGCAACUCUCAUCUGGCUACUCCUGCUGAACGGGCCUUACAAUAUAUUUUAUUUUCAUUGUUCAGGUUUACCAUCAGCAAUAGUUUUGGUAGUUUUGCUUUUAACAAUCAGUGUAUAUGGUCAUUUUUAGAUAUAGGCUACAGGGUAACAUUUAUAAUUUCAUAACAAGGAAUCACUUUUGCAAGGUGCACUGACCGGCCAAAGCAGGAGGAGAAAAGAAGCUCACUAAAAACGUCCAAACGGUCAAAACAAUUUGAUUUUGAGAUGGGGGUGAAAUCCAAAGUUGUUCUAUAUAUUCAUUGGCUAUGUCAUAGCUCAUUUGUAAAUGAUAAAUAUUGAUACAUUACUAGCUCAAACACUUAAUCUGCAAAAAUGACAAGUUAAUUAGUGGGUGAUGGUGAUUUCAGAACCAAAGUGGGGGACAAAAAACAGGCUACAUUACCCCCCCUGUAAUCUGAUGGUGGUAGAUGCCUAGUCCUGGUCCUGGUCGUGGUCCUCUGUAGCUCAAUUGGUAGAGCAUGGCGCUUGUAACGCCAGGGUAGUGGGUUCGAUCCCCGGGACCACCCAUACGUAAAAAUGUAUGCACACAUGACUGUAAGCUUUGGAUGAAAGCGUCUGCUAAAUGGCUUAUUAUUAUUAUUAUUAUUAUUAUUAUUAUUAUUAUUAUUAUUAUUAUAGUCUCCCUUAUGACACUAAUCAAGUGCCUACAUAUAGUAUACACCAUAGACAUCAUUUACACUCACACACACAGAGUGCUUUGAGCGUCUGGAAAUAGAGCUAUAUAACUCCAAUAAAUUACUAUUAGUCAGGUUAGCUACAGACCUUUGCACAUGGCCUUUUUUGUCAAAUGUCAAUGACCUGGAGGAGACUCCUCAAAACACUUUCAUUUCUCUCUCAGGAGUUCCCCGAACAGGAGGACAAACCGGUUCAGCACUGUUACACCACCAACGUGUCUGACCUGGACGUACGCCAUCUCCCCGUCAUCCCUGUCGAGGAUUCCCCGCCCUCCUCUCCCUCUCCUCCUCCAGCUCCUCCUAGUGAACCUGAGCCUCCCACACAACCAGCCUCCCCAUCCCAGCCAGCCUCCCCCUCUCAGCUAGCCUUUCCCUCUCAAGCUCCCUCCAGCCCUGCUCAGACCACCUUUCAGAUUAAAACGGAGCCUGCCACCGCCACUGUUCAGAUCAAAACGGAGCCUGAGGCUGAGGAGGCCAUCCUUCCCCCUCCUGACCCUGUCCUUCUCCCUGACUCUGACCCUGGUGCUGACACUAAGGCUCCUGUUCCUAACUCUGCUGAGGCUCCUGCUGCUCAGGCGGACUGUGAUGCCAAGCCUGCUGACCAACCAGCCCCCCAGCCCCAGGACACCCCCACAUCCCCCACCCCCAGCCUGGAGGUGAUCUCCCCCAAGGUGAAGCACCGCAGCAGGCCCCUCUCGCCCGACCCUGAGGAGAUGGUGGUCCGGCCCAAGGUGAAGAAGUGGAAGGGCCUCCGUUGGAAGCGUCUCCAGAUCGUCAUCACCAUCCGUAAAGGAGGCUCCAAGAAGGAGAGCAGCCGCGGGGUCUCAGAGCUCAUGGAGCGUCUCCGCAUCACCCUGAGACCUGAUAAACUGCCCCGGGACAAACGCAAGUGCUGCUUCUGCCACGAGGAGGGCGACGGCGCCACGGACGGCCCCGCCAGGCUCCUCAACAUCGACGUGGACCUGUGGGUUCAUCUCAACUGCGCCCUAUGGAGCACGGAAGUGUACGAGACGCAGGGAGGCGCGCUGAUGAACGUAGAAAUGGCGUUGAGGCGCGGGCUCCGCACCCGCUGUGCCUACUGCCAGAAGACGGGCGCCACCAACAGCUGCAGCCGCCUGCGCUGCCCCAACGUCUACCACUUCGCCUGCGGCAUCCGGGCCCGCUGCAUGUUCUUCAGGGACAAGACCAUGCUGUGCACCCAACACAAACUGAAAGGACCCAGCGAGGAGGAGCUGACGGGCUUCGCCGUGUUCCGCCGCGUCUACAUCGAGAGAGACGAGGUUAAGCAGAUCGCUAGUAUUUUACAACGCGGCGACCGCAUCCACCUGUUCCGCGUAGGCGGCCUCAUCUUCCACGCCGUUGGCCAGCUGCUGCCGUCUCAGAUGCAAGCCUUCCACUCUCCGACCGCCAUCUUCCCCGUGGGCUACGAGGCUACCAGGAUCUACUGGAGCACGCGGGUGCCUAACCGCCGGUGUCGGUAUCGUUGUCGUAUCAGCGAGACGGAGGGAAGGCCGCUGUUCGAGGUACGGGUGCUGGAGCAUGGACAGGAGGACCUGCACUACCGCGACACCAGCCCAGAAGGUACACCCAGACCCUGCUCAGGCUGCCUCUGUUGAAAUGUCCAAUCACAGAACUGUCCACAGUUAGGGUUAAUUUGUCUAAAUUGCCAUUCAUUUGGAAUUUAGUUGCUAGUUUUUGGUAAUUGCACCAUUGCGAACACAGCCAUAUCUGUAAUUUAAAUGGAAUUGACUCCAUCUCUGCAAUUUACUAAUCUGGUCUGUAAGCAUGUCCUGUGUUUCCUGUCCUCCCUCUAGGUAUCUGGGACAGAGUGGUUCAGUCUGUAGCUAAGCUGAGAGAAGAGUCUGCCAUGCUGAAGCUGUUCACUGACCAUGUGAAGGGAGAGGACAUGUACGGCCUCACGGUCCACGCCGUGCUGCGCAUCACUGAGUCGGUAAGAAGUCCUUUCCGAAAUCAGAAUCGCCAUUUGGCUUUUUCCUCUGCUCUCAUUGCUUCCAUGAAACCAAUGUCUGUGUCUCCAAUGAGACCCUAUUACCCACACAGUUCCCUACUUUGUGUCCUUUUGACCACCAGAGUCACUAUGGCUCUGGUUAAAAGAAGUGCACUGUGGAGGGAAUAGGGUGUCAUCUGAGAUAUGGAUCAUGCUUUUUCAUUGUUCAUUUCACUAACAUCCUGUGGGUUACAUUAUUAGUUGCCUGGAGUGGAGAGCUGCCAGAACUAUGUGUUCCGCUAUGGUCGCCACCCUCUGAUGGAGCUGCCCCUCAUGAUCAACCCCACCGGCUGCGCCCGCUCCGAACCCAAGAUCCUCACACACUGCAAGAGGUAAGAAUGCAGUAUAGUCCUCCACGUAGAUGGCAUAGAUAAUAUGAUCAUAUGCUGUAGCGAUACAUUUUUUGUAUGAUCUUAAUCCUCACACACGGCAAGAGGUAAGACUGCAAUAUAGUCUUCAAAAUAGAUUUAUAGUAGUAGUUAUAGAAAAUAGUAUUAUAGUAUACUAGUAUAGAAGGUAUAGAUAUGUUGUUUAGAGAAUCUAGAUAUCGAUAUGCUGUGUAGAGCAGUGGUUCUCAACUGGUUUUGCCUCGGGACCCAAAUUGGACCUGGUUGUCUGUUGCAACCCAAUAAUUGCAUAUGCAAUUUUUUGGGGGAAAAAUGCCAUCUGGGAAGCAGCAAUUUUUUAUGCUAUAUUGAUAGUAAAUGUAGCAAUUUAUAUGACAAGGGAACAACAUUUUCCAUUGUCAAUCAUCCAUUUUGCCCAUAUUCUUGAUGAAGAAUGUUAGUAAGCUCACUGGUUUGAGACCACAAAAUCAACCAAAUCGGCUAAAUAGCGCUGCUAAUAGCUCUAUAUUGAAAAUAUUAGCUAAUUGAAUAAAUAUAUAUAUUUUUUCAAUUAUUCUAAAAUGUUCAUGAUCAUUUCUACACACUUUCUACCUGACUUUAGUAGUUUAAGUUCAGACUAGAGUAGUUUUAAUCCACCACCCAAAAAAUUAAAUGAAAAAAUCUAGUUGAGAAUCCAGUUGAGAAUCACUGGUGUAGAGGACAUAGAUAACUAGCUGUGUGGUCUGUUAGUAGUUGAUUAUAAAGUUGUUAGUUCAGGCCACACAUUCUGAUUGGUCAAAAAGUGUGUUCCAUGCAUUAUCCACAGUAUACAAUAAUGAGGGAGCGCUCCCUCACUGUCGACAUAAAUAUCCUCAAAGUCAUUUUUUGUGUUUCAUCAAAUGUUAUGAAGAGUGACACUUAAACAUUUCUAAACUGAAUGACACGAUGACUGUGCAGACUGACUCUGAUCUAGUUCUGUGUCUCUCUCUCUUAGGCCUCACACCCUGAACAGUACGUCCAUGUCCAAGGCCUACCAGAGCACCUUCACCGGCGAGAUCAACACCCCCUACAGCAAGCAGUUUGUCCACUCCAAGUCCUCCCAGUACCGCCGUCUGAAGACAGAGUGGAAGAACAACGUCUACCUGGCCCGGUCCCAAAUCCAGGGCCUGGGGCUGUACGCUGCCAAGGACCUGGACAAACACACCAUGGUCAUCGAGUAUAUAGGAACCAUCAUCCGCAACGAGGUGGCCAACCGCCGCGAGAAAAUCUACGAGGAACAGGUGGGUGGCUCUUGAGUAGUCAAUAGCAGUCCAGACUAUUGAGUAGUCAAUAGUCUUUGUCUGUUUAGAGUAGCUGUGAUCAGUUGUUGAUUUUACACAAAAACUUAACAAAAUGGUGAAAAGACAGAUAAAGAUUGUAAUAUAUUUGUUCAUAUUCAAGGUAUCAGUGGAUUGGAAUGUUUAUGACCUCUCUUCCUGCUUGUUUUCUUCUAGAACCGUGGGAUCUACAUGUUCCGCACCAACAACGAGCAUGUGAUCGAUGCCACUCUGACCGGCGGCCCUGCUCGGUAAGUGUUGACGUGUACUUUCUCUUUCAUAUUAUGUUUGUCCCCGGUCUCACCCUCUGUUUUCCUCUUUAGCUAUGUCAACCACUCCUGUGCCCCCAACUGUGUUGCUGAGGUGGUGACGUUUGACAAAGAGGACAAGAUCAUCAUUAUCUCCAGUCGCCGAAUCCCCAAGGGUGAAGAG